AUGUCAGACAAGAUGUCUAGCUUUCUCCAUGUAGGAGACAUAGUGUCCUUGUAUGCUGAGGGAUCUGUGAAUGGAUUCAUAAGCACACUGGGGUAAGAUUUUCAUUUCAAUAUCUCUCAUCUCUACUGUUCAAAUAGUAUCAAAAGAUUUCUUAUCUCUUAUUCUCUUUAACUCUCAUAUAACACUCUUGUAAGUUGAAUCCAUCCUGAUGUUUUAUAAUUUUGCUGUUUGUUGGUAUGCUUUUCAGAAUGUUCUUUUUUCCUAGAUUGGUGGAUGACCGGUGUGUCGUGCAGCCAGAGGCAGGAGACCUUAGUAACCCACCUAAAAAGUUCAGAGGUAAAAAUUAGAAGGGAAUUGUGCUAAAGUGGUUGCCUAGUAGACUCACUGGAACAUCUUUUCAAAUAUGUAAAUGCCUAGAUCCAUGUUGCUGGCAAAUCCAUUUUUUAUUUAAAUUUUAGGUUUAACAGUUCUUAUGACUUUACAAAUUUAUACCCUCAUUUCAAGGUUUUCUUGAACACCUAUUUGUUGGGUCUUGUGAACUUUGUGAUUUAGUCAUAAUUGGCAAAAAAAAAAAAAAAAAUUAUAUAUAUAUUUAUAUAUAUAUAUAUAUAUAUAUAUAUAUAUAUAUAUAUAUAUAUAUAUAUAUAUAUAUAUAUAUAUAUAUUUAUUUAUUUAUUUAUUUAUUUAUUUUGGGUUUCAUGAUGAUCUUCUGAUUCCGUUCACAUUUUUAAAGGAACACAAACAUAUAUUCCUGACCCUAUAGAGUUAAAACCACCAUCUAGCCCCCAAUGAAGAAGACUGGAUCCGCAGGGUCGAGGAUAUCCAAGGAGCUGAAGCACUACAGGCAUCCUUACAGGAUAGAGGGGACAAACAUGCCGAACGGUGGUUUCCAUGGUUCAUAUCACGAAACACGGGGGAUUAGGACAGUGACCCGACGGCGGGGGCUCGGGCUUCUCCGGGGCAAGGCCAAUGUGCAUAUUCCAAUUAUAUGACCCUAACCCCACUCACGCCUCCAGUAGAAUGGGUGCAUCUCUGCUACCCCCCCCCACUCUACCUCUCGUUUGGCCAUAUAUCUAAAUUACCGCCAGUGAAUGGUUGAAUGUCCUAUUGGACCCCUGCACACGCACCCGAAUGAAGACGGAGGCCAUGACAUAAGUUCAUGUAGCUCAGUGUCAGUGCGCUCGUUACCUGUUAAGCAGAGCACAGUAUCUCACGAGAAGGCAUAAAACCUACUCCCACCACACCCUGAUGCUGUAUGAAAGGCAUAAAUCUAGAAAACCAAACCAUGCCCCCUCCCUUCUCUCCUCUCCCUCUCCUUUCCCCCCCUUGCUAUUCCUUUCUACUCAAACACUCAGUGAUACACACUACUCUAGUCUCCCUGGGUGCGUUUCACACAUAGGGGGACAGGCUGAGACAUUACAAGCAUAUGGAAAAGGCGAAUGUAAAAUGAUAGUCAGAAUCUAUUAUAAUCCACUGGGCGUGAGCCCUAUAGCUAGCAUUAAGUGAUAAAUUCUGGACCCCGAACUGGUUCUCUUCUCUUUCCAUGGCCCAGUUAGGGUGUCUUUCACACAAUAAUAAAAAAUACUGGUAGAAGGGAGACCAACAAUGGCCCGGGAAUGUUAUGUAAUGCAUUGUGAUUACCGCUGUUUUGUUUGAAACUUUUUGUAUCUUGUUACAAAAUUGAAUCUGCUUUCACUCUUUUCUACACAAUAAAAAGAUAUUGAUAAAAAAAAACCACCAUCUAGCCACCUUGGUCCCCUCAUGCCUCCCUAAAUAAUGUAAAAUCUUACUUGUAUCCAAGUCUGCAGCUUCAUGCUUUGUGCCAGUUUCCUUUAGACCUGUUGACCUCAGCAGAAGUGGUAGCCUUAUCCAAUCACAAUGCUUAGCCAUAGGAAUGGCUGAGACGAUCAAGGAGGCAGAUCAGGGGCAGAGCCAUCACAAUUCAAACACAGACCUGGCCAAUCAGCAUCUCCUCAUAGAGAUGCAUUGAUUUAAUACAUCUCUAUGUGGAAAGUUCAGUGUCUGCCCUUGAUUUGCCUCUUUGUCAGACUCAGCCAAUCCUAUGGGGAAGCAUUGUGAUUGAAUCAGGCUACCAAUUCUGCUGGUGUCAGCAGGCAGUGGGCAGGUCUAAAGGAAACGGGCACAAAGCAUGCAGCUGCAGACUUGGAUACAAGUAAGAUUUACUAUAUUUAGGGAGGCAUGAGGGGACCAGGGUGGCUAGAUGGUUUUAACCCUAUAUAAUCAGGAUUACAUGUUUGUGUUCCUGACACUAUAGUACUCCUUUAACCUGUAUAGUUAAAAUCACUACCACCCUUAAAGCUAAAACUCUCCUUAUUCCAACCAGCGACAGCUCCCCGAUCCUCCUUGGCUGACUUCAGAUUUGAUGAUCUCUGCCAAUCACAAUUGGAUUGACUGAGAUUGCCAAUUCUGAUCUUAGCCAAGAAGGUGGGCUGGAGCCAAACGCCGUCCUGGCAAUUCAGAAUCUCCUCCGAUGCAUUGAAUCACUGCAUCUCUAUGGGGAAUUUCAGCCUCCCUAUGCAGACACUGCAGCAGUGACCCAAGAAGCACCUCCAGUGGCAAUCAGUCGUCACCGGAGUUGUCCUUGGGCUGUAAUGUAAACACUGCCUUUUCUCUAAAAAGGAAGUAUUUACAUGAGCCUGCAGAAAUUGACUAUACUUAUCUGAACAGCUACAUUAAGUAAGAGUCCUUUUAAGCUAAAGUUGUUUUGGUUCUUCGUGUCCCUUUUAAUCAAUGCAAGAUACAUUAUACGUAUCACCACAUAGUGACUGAUGCAUCCACUUGCAGCAGAGAAAUCACAGAACUCUCAAAUUGAUUCUGGAUUUACUGUCAACAUUUUAUGUUGGCAAAAAGCACUACAUUUAAAAGUACACAAUAUCAAUAGUAUAGCACAUACAAACCGGAGGACGGCUCUUGCAUGAUCACGUUGCUCAUAGUGACCAUAUCUUGUAAAGUCUACACACGUCGCCUCACUGAUAGGUGGCCAGCUGUUGCAAAAUAUCUGCCUAACGAAACACCAUUGUCUGCAUGUACCCCCAUUCCCUGUCUUCUGUAAUGUGUGUAAUUUACUGAAUAACAUGUCCAAUCUCUCAAAUGAUGACUAUGCAUGACUUAGCCCAUUAAGAACCUCCCAAAAAAAAAUACCCUUGACGGGUAGCAGAAAAAGUUAACCUCUCGUGUAAACUAUGCAACGUCUAAUGACUUCAUAUGUGUAACAUUGUUCCUAUGUGUUGCAAAUUGUAUUGCAAAUCAUUCGGCUUUUGCACAAGCCUUUCUGCGAAUGUUAUAUCGCUAUCUUUGUCAAGAUGAGAAUAUUUUUUUUUUUUUUUUUUAAAGUACACUAUAAUUGAAUAUUGUAAUGUUGCUGUUUGAAGGGACCCUAUAGUCACUGAGAAAAUUAAGCUUAAUGAAGCGGUUUUGUUGUAUAGGUCAUAUCCUCUGUCUCACUGCUCGGUUCUCUGCCAUUUAAGUGUUAAACCAUAUAUCCUUGCAUGUGACUUAGUCUUCUUAACCCCUUAAGGACACGUGACAUGUAAUGAUUCCCUUUUAUUCCAGAAGUUUUGGUCCCUAAGGGGUUAAACACUACCUGUAAAGAAUCAUCUAAUGUUUACACUUUAUUGCAAAUUAUGUUUUUAAUUUAGACAAUCUUACCUCCUACUCUAAUAGCUUGUUAGACCCUGCAGGAGACUGUGUUAAAUUAACACAGAUCAGGAGAUGAGAAACUUUAAAGUGCGUUAACAUAUGACUGAAUUAAACCAUUUUGUUUUCAUUCAGGCUGUCAGUCACAGCCAGGGGAGGUGUGGCUAAGGCUGUGUAAACAAACAAGUAAUUUAACUCCUAAAUUGCUGGAAAUUGAGCAGUGAGACUAUAGGGGCAUUAUCUAUACACAAACUGCUUCAUUAAGCUAAAGCGGUUUUGGUGACUAUAGUAUCCCUUAAAGGUUCUCCCCUAGGGAGAAAAUCUCUCUGCGGCCCUGCUCUCUGCUUCCCCAUGCUCUGGACCGGUGGGGCAGCCUGGGGCCCCACUAUCUGCUUUCGUAGCUAUUGGUAUCGGAGGACUCGCAUACCAUAUAAGAUGGUGGCUGCGUCCAAUCUACACUCUACGGAGAUUGGGGCUCUUGACGGCCUCUGCAGGCAAAGCUUGGCAACAUUGAGUCACAUAUGGCUCUUGAAGCAGGGCGCUUCCAAUCGACACCAGAGGCCCAGAUUUGAAAGCUUAGGAGACCCAAGAAGCUGGACUGUUUGUUUCUGGUAGACCGCCCGAAAAAUCUACUGAUCCCUCUCCACUCACCACACAUGGUGUUCUUGAUGCGGCUCCCACUCCAUUGCUGAUCUUGGACAAGUCACUCCAUGGCAACAAUCUUGGUCCUGAAGCAGGGCUGGCUGUCAAGCUUUUAAAGGCUGACUGGCUGUCCCCCUCCAGUCCUGCAUCGGAAAGCAGGGACUGUAUUCUGCUGGAUGAUCUCUGAAAUGGGACUGGGGUGCCUCUCCAUGUGUUCACAUGCAGCUGAUUCAGUAGCUCCUUUUUAUCUUCCCUCUGACUUGUUCUGUGUUACUGGGGGCACAGGGUUCUCUACUCACUCUGGCAUGCUUUAUUUCAUAAUUGUAUUUCUAUUCCUAACGUUUAUCACUCAUGCCAUACUGUUUCACCUGCAUGAAUCUACUUUCUAUACCAUCGUGAAUCUACUUUCUGUACAAUUUCUAAAAAUGUGCAGCAUUUGACACCUUAUUGAUCUCUUGUCAAACAAACUCGAGCUAAUGUGUUUUAUUCAUCCUGUACUGUUAAAUCUGCACUACAAAAUUAAAGAAUAAAAAAAUUAACAGGCUUAAAGGGACAUUAUAGUCACCAGAAUAACUACAGCUUAGUGUAGUUGUUCUGGUGAGUAUAAUUGUCUUCAGGCAUUUUCAUGCAAACACUGCUUUUUCAGAGAAAAUACAGUUUAUACAUUGCCCCUUGAGACACCUCCAAGUGGCCACUGGAAGUGAUUCUUGGCUCAUUGCUGCACUGUUGUUCAGCGCCUCCACGCUCUGCAUGAAUUUUCCUCAUAAAGAUGCAUUGAUUCAAUGCAUCUCUAUGAGGAGGUGCUGAUUGGUCAAAACUGCUUUUAACCCUGUCCCUUGCCACCAUUGGCCAAUCCAAUGCUUUACCACAUCGGCAAUUCUGAUGUCACCAAGGGGGUGGGGCCAGUGCAGCGGACUUGCACAACGAUGGAAAUAAGGUGAGGUUUUUAUUGCUUUUAAGGGGGUAAGCCACCUAAGUGGUGGGUUUAGCACUAUAGGUUCAGGAAUACAUGGUUAGGUUCCUGACCCUAUAGUGCUCGUUUAAGUGCAGGAUUAAACUCAAGAUACUUCAGUCAGUAAGUGUAGCUGUAAGGUCGCAUAUAUUGUGUAGCGUUUCCUCAACAUUUAGCAUUGCCUCUUUUAUAUACAAGAUAAGAAAACAGAAUAUUGCAGGCUAAGCUAACCUGUUGCAACAGACCUAUAAAUGGUGUGUAGGGAGAAUGGUAGUGAGUAUUGUUGCAUAACAGGAUAAAAUUGCCUUAGUUGGUACCGUAUCCUUACUGAGAGUAUCCCUAUUCUGCAGUGCCGUACAACAGUGCUGUUUGCUUUAGGUAGCACCACAUAGCAUACUGAGAUUGCCACGAAAUAGUAAUGCUGCCUCUUAGGCUAGGGAUGCAUGUAAGAGUACUCUAAACUUUUGCGAGACCGCUAUAUAGUAGGAUGCAGCACAACAGACCAGAUAUGAGUCAGUGCUAGACCUAAUGCUGUGGUUGCCAUUAAGUGACAAGGAAAGAUUUGCAUGAGUCAGUGCUAGAAAAAUGCACUGGGCUAAAAACAGUAUUAUAGAUUAAACAUGCUAAACUAAUAGUACCAGAGUGACUGGUGGGCUAAUGCCUAGCUAAGCAUGCAUUGAUGAACUGAGUAAUGCACAACAUGUUGGAGUCUUAUUAGAGGAAGACCAUGGGAUCCUGUAGACCUGUGGAGGCUCUGUACCACAGGUAUGGCUGACCGUAGCAUGCCCCAGACAGCUAGUCCAGUCCUAGCCGAUGCCCAUGUGUGGAAUGUUUAUGAUGGAGGUAGGGAGAUCGGCAAAGGGUUGCUGCAAAAUGGGGGCAGACUGGGCCACCAUUCCUCUUCCAGAAUGACAUGAGGGCCAACAUCUUCGAGCCACAGAUCUGGAGGCUCAGGGAGACAGUCUAUCCCACAGCGUGGUUGAUGGAGGGCCCUGGUGUUGAAACGCCGCCUGCGGCAGGUAACCUUCCGUCGAUGUGGUUGAUCAGGCUGAAGACCCUCUGCCUAGGCAGGCUGAUCUUAGGCUGGGUUGCUUGAUGGGUAGAGUCCAAGAGACCAUCCACUCUGGCUUACGCCCCUCCGAAUUCCCUCCUUAGACUGCUGCUGUGUGGCUGCAGCAUGACUAUCCAGAGUGGCCCAGAAUCGGGCAAACAGCUCAUUCAGCCGUUGAAGCGACUGCUCCACAAAGUUGUGCGGAAUCUGCCCUGCAUUCUGUGGCUUCUGAGUUGUGCCUCCCCAUCUUGGGGAGUGUGGCUGUGAGGAAGUUGGCCGCACUUCCCCAACUUGGGCGUUAGUAGGCUGCAUCCUGCCGCAGCUGGGUCCUGGUAACUGAGGGUCUUGAGAGAGGUUUCAAGAGUCAGCAGAGCACCUACAGAGUAGGUAGCGCUUCUGCUUGAAGGCCCAGCUCGGUAGCCUGAAAUAUAUAUCUCCGGAAAAAUCUGCACCGUUAGCAGGGGCUCGUACAAAGCAUGUCUGGUUAGUUCAUGAGUCAGGCCCCCUCCCAACUUCUCAUUCUCAACCAGACCAAGCAUGGCUGAAAGUGAUGGGAGUUACUGGACUUUCUGGUAAAUGAGCUUCUGUGCACAGAAUUACCGUUAGCCAAUCCCAGAAGAGCCUCUGGCAGCAAACCGUUAAAGUGGUCAUGGUGCUUGGUGUAACUCAUUAAAGCUUUCACUGGUCUCUGCUUCCCUGUGAAAUACUCUUGACUUUCUUUGCUUUAAGAUUCUCCGCUAUUCCCUCCUCCUUUCUCCCCUGGGUUCCUGCCAAUGCCUCUGGUCUGGGUUUCCCUAUAGCCAUUUCCUUGUAAUGUAAGCAAACCUGCUCGGUGUUCUGGAAGGGCGUCCUUCUGCCUGUCGGGAUUCUCCUGUGUCCUGAACUGCUGCUUAGACAUGUUGGAGAUCAGUUAGUAGAGCAAUAAUUUAAAAAAAAAUUUUUUAUUUUUUUUUAAAAACGCUUAUGUACUCCCUAAAUCACAAGGUGAGACUGUUUGUCCACUAACCUAUUUUGAAGCUUCUUCUUCUAGUGGUGCUACGUGAAUAAAUCAUAUGCUAGUGAAUGAUUUGAGAUGGUUUUUCACAUGCAUGGUGUAUCAGUCGCCAGUUGUUAUGCAUGAUAUGGUUUUGUUAUUUCACUAGUUUUACAAGACUGACUUACAUUGAUCAGUCACAACAUUAAAACCACUGACAGGUGAAAUGAAUAACAUUGAUUAUAUUAUAUUGUGGCACCUGUCACUGGGUGAGAUCUAGAAAGCAGCAAUUGAACAGUCUGUUCUUCAAUUUCAUGUGUUGGAAGCAGGACAAAUGGGCAAACGGAAAGUUCGAAGUGACUGCAAGAAGACAGUCAGAGUAUCUCCAAAAGGGCAAGCCCUGUGAGUUAUGCUGUGGUUAAUACGUACAAAGAGUGAUCUGAGGAAGUUCAAUCAGUAAACCGGAGUCCAGGUCAUGAGCACCCAAGGUACAUUGAUGAACUUGGGGAGCAAAGGCUAGCCUGUCUGGCCCUAUCACACAGAUCUACUGUAGCUCAAAUUGCUGGAAAAUAUAAUGAUGGCCAAGAGGUGUGAGAACACAGACUAAACAGCCCCAUACACUGCAAACUAUUAUGCACUCAGUGGUCAGAGUGCCCAUAAUGACCCCUGUCCAAAGCCAAAUUAGCCUUCGAUGGUAACGUGAGUGUCGGUACUGGGUCGUGGAGCAAUAGAGGUUGCCUGGUCUGUUGGAUCAGAUUUUCUUUUUAGAUCAGGUGGAUGGCCAGAUGCGUGUGCAUAGUUUACCUGAGGAAGAGAUGGCAGCAGGAUGCACUAUGGGAAGAAGGCAGACCGGCUGAGGCUGUUAUUCUUUGGGCAAUGUUCUGCUGGGAAACCUUGGGUCCUGGCAUUCCUGUGGAUGUUACUUUGCAACAAUUUCUAGGUAGGUGGUACGUGUCAGACCACGAGCAACCCUUCAUGGCAAUGCUGUUGCCUAAUGACAGUGGCCAUUUUCAGCAGGAUAAUGCAACCUUCCACACUGCAAAAAUUCAGGAAUGGUUUGGGGAAUCUGGUGGCCAAGGCAACACCUUGAACAGUUUUUAAUAUUCCUCAGAUAUCAAUCCUGUUGCAUGUCCCUGAACAAAUCAAAUCCAUAGAGGUCCCAAUAAUUUCAAAGAUCUGCUAAUGUCUUGGUGCCAGAUACCACAGGACAUGUUCAGCAGUAUUCUGAUGCAUCAUGUUUCUUUGAGCCUGUGUAUAAACUAUGCGUGUUUAGAAUGGUCUUGUUAGUGCGUUCAAGGUUUUAAAUAUUGCAUCUGCUCCGACCCAUCAAAGGUAUUUGGGACAAACUUUCUUCUACAGAAUGUCUAAUCAGCUGGGACCGGAUUAAAUAACAUAACGGUUCUGUUGCUCUUAAAAGGGAAGAUGAAUUGUUAUAAACCAGUUUUAAAGAUUAUAAUUAGGUGUAGAGUAAUGUCCAGCUGAGCCAAGUUCUAGCAUGUGAAGAGUUAACCUACUGUCUCAGAUUAGGGAGCUCUUUCCUCGGAUUGCUGAAUUCGGCUUUUUCUCUAGUGUGGCGAAUAAAACACAUUUUAAUUUAAUUCCUGGCAGUGCCCCUUGAGGUUCAAGCUGCUGCCUAUUAACUCUGGAUUUCAAGUGUCCUACUGUCCUAAAUUUUAGUUGAAUAUCAGAUUUGACAAGUCACAUUAGGAGGGGGAUACUGAAAUUUUAGAGUGGUGUAUAUUUGUGCAGAGUUGAAGACCAGUAACCCAUAAUCCCCAGGGGAAUAUUUUGCAAUAACUGGGCCACAUUGUGUGGAUUUAUUUUCUGUACAUGAUAUUUUGAUAAAGUGACAAUACUGUCCUCUGCAUAUUCCUUUAUCUAUCUAGUUAAAUCUUUCUAGAUUAGUUGGCUCCUGUAAUCGCCUUCAAUGACCUUUUGGCCCAUUAUUUGACUUUAUUUUAAUCUAUCUUCGUGAUGAGACAAUUUGUUAAAUGGUUUUUUAAAAAAGAGAGAAAAAAAAUUGGGCUUGCAGAUCUGAAAGAGUUUACUCUGUAUCUUCCUGAACUCUGCCAUCGUUUGAAACAUGCAGACACUGUUACUUUUACUGCUACGUUUUAUUCCUUGCUGAUGCUUCCCUCUGCAUCCAUUCCUACUAAAUACACAUUAUUCCCCUCCACCCCCCUCAUUUGUGCAGCACACUGUCCUUAUUUGGUAAGCUAGCUGCCUCUGUCCUGGAGCAGGCUGCUCUGUUCCCAGACACCCCUCCUCAGCAGGGUUGCUCCAGAUUCCCAGGCAGGAGUUCUGCUGAGAAAGGGUUAACCCCUUCCUAACAGCAAUCUAAAAGCUUAUCCUGUGAAGACAAAUCUGGCACAGAUGUAAAAAGUGGAAUCAAACUUUGCCAAAACAUAAGUGGUGCUUUAUAAGGAACAAUUCUGGGGAGAAAAAAAAACCUAAGUAAUAGUGGAGUUUGUCACCAUGGAAAUCAGUCGCUUAUUCCUGCCGGCAGCUUUAUUAUAUCUUUGCAUUAAAGUAAAGUGGUAGUAGUGUUGUGUAAAAGGCUCUUCUGGGUCAGAAUGCUGUAACAUCCGUUUAAAGUUUGACGGACCAUUUGGCCCUGUGGCUAUUGGCAGCUGCAGUUUGUCAAGCUAGUCCCUGUAGCACUUUAGACUUCAUUCAAUUGUCCAGAAGUCCGCUGAAGCCUGGUGAUGGCGUUAUUUUGCGUAAGACACUUAUACUGGGUUCCAAACAGGAAACAAAUAUAGAAUACAGCUUGUGCGUUUUGAUGGGAAAUGAGCAUACUGGAUUGGCAAAUUCAUUUUUUUUUUUAUUUUUAAUUUUUUUCUGCUGUGAAAAGAUCUGCGUUUAAAAUUUCCUGUUGCUUGAAAGAACACCUCUUUUUCUAAAGAGCUGUCAAUCUAGCAGAUAAUAUCUUGUGAAUUCCCUGUGAAAAUUAAGGCUCAUCAUAAAAGUCAAAAAGGAUUCUAAUAAAUGUCUUCUCUGCCCUUUUGUGUAAAUAUAUUUUUUUGCUCUGCCUUAAUCUGCUCGAAUAAUUUCUGUCUCUUCAUCUGGACCGUAAUCUGCCGUCUGCUCCAGCUGUCACUGUAAUUUCCUCCUGGGCCCUUGCUAAUCCCUCUACCGUUGCCACUAAUGUCCCCUGCCUUGGCAGGAUAGUCAGCGAUGCUCAUUAAGCUGCACUCGAUGUAUGACUGCAUCCAUCCUAGAGUAAAUAAUGGGUGUCUUACAUUCUGCAUGUUUUAUUUCUUGUUUUGUAGCAUUUUGUGUGAAUUUUCUAGAUUUGUUUUUUUGUUUUGGGAUUUUUUUUGUGAAUUGUAUCUUUAUUUUAUAAAAAAAGUCUUUCUAUAAUUUAAUACAGCAUUAUUACAGAACAAUAAAACACAAGAGUUUACUAAACAGUGAUGUACGAAUAGAAAACUAAAUUUAAAAAUUUCAGCCUGGAAUAGCCAAACUGUGACUAGGUUGGCUAAUUUUUCCACGUUUAACUAUGUGAGUAAAAUGUUUUUUAAAAUUUUUGGUUAAUAUACUUGACACUUUUGGUCUGUUUUUUGUUUCCUCCCAGAUUGCCUGUUUAGGCUCUGUCCCAUGAACAGAUACUCUGCUCAGAAGCAGUUUUGGAAAGCUGCAAAACCUGGUGCCAGUAACACGACCGAUACUGUUCUUCUCAACAAAUUGCAUGUGAGUUCUCUGUCAACAUGGCUUGCUAGAUUUAGACCGUACAUUGCACUUGUUUGGCAGUGUCGAUACCACUUUUAAAUGAGCCACUUAGGAGUGUUUAUUUUAUGGUUUGUUAAUGUAAAUCCUUACGAUGUACUACUGUUGGACACCUAGUGGCCUUUACCCAUCACUGCAGGCAGAUCUUUCUAAAUCGUAAGAACAUGUUUCUCUGCCUGAUGUACUUAUUGUUCCCAUGUGACACACUAACACUGCUACCUUGUUUUCUGCUAAAACCAUGGAUUAUUUAUGUGCAGUGUGUUGGAAACUGUAUAAAAUAAACAUCUGACUGUUACUCAAUGUUCUGCGAUAAGAACCUGGUUUUGGUCUCUAAGGUGCAAUACACUACAAUUGCCUGUAUUUUCAAAAAUGUUCUUCAGUAGAUACUUGAAGAUUCAUCUGCUUGUUUGUGUAUUUCUUCAGCAUGCAGCUGACCUGGAGAAAAAGCAAAAUGAUACCGAAAAUCGCAAGCUCUUGGGAACAGUUAUCCAGUACGGGAAUGUUAUUCAGGUGCAUUGACAUGGAGGUGGCCGCUUAUAGGGAGAACAGUUAUUGUUUCUAAAAAGAACAUGCUUUAUUUAUUUUAUUUUAAGGGUAUGGUAGAAUAGAAAAACUGCUAGGACUCAUAAAAAUAUUUCGAAUAAGGUCUGGACUUUUGCAUGGCUUUUUAUCAGUAAUUUUAAAUAGACAUAUUAUUUUUAACAAAUGUUAUUUUCUUUUUAUAUUUGUCUGGAUAUUAAAUUGAUUUUUAAAUUAAUUUUGAGUAUACCAGUAAGGUUACUUAUUAUGAGUUAUUAGAAGAGAAAGGUAUAUUUAUUUAUCUCAUUUUAAGUCCACUAAGGAGAUUAACUCACUAUGCACUUAACAUUUGGCUUCACCCUUUAGACCUGAAGUAAGGAUACUAAAUAUACAGCAGAGGAAAUGGUUCUGUAUAGUAUGAAUAAAGAACCUCUGUAGGCAUUAUAUACAGAUUUCACACUUUUUGUGGUCUUUGCAAUUCGUUCCUGCAGUGUAAUACAUAUCCAGAAUAACAAAGGUGUUUAACUUUCUUGUCCCUUAUAAAUAAGUUCAUGUAUAUUGAUGUAAACACUUAUUCUAAUAUGCAGAGUCCUGCUGCAUUUAUGAGUGGCUCCUUUCUUGACACUACUUUAGAGUCAAAAGGAAAUCCAUGGUUUGCCAUCUAUUGUGUUGUAAUGCGUAUUUAUUGAAUACAGCUAGGGCAGUAAGAUUAGUAUAAGGUAAUACAAGAGGCUGUGAUCGAUAUAGCAUACUUUAUUGCUUUACUUACUCUACACUUUCUAUCAGAUGCUGCACCUGAAAAGUAACAAAUACCUUACUGUGAACAAGCGUCUUCCUGCGUUACUGGAAAAGAAUGCCAUGCGUGUGACCCUUGAUGAAGCUGGGAAUGAAGGCUCCUGGUUCUACAUCCAACCAUUUUACAAGCUGCGCUCGAUCGGGGAUAGUGUACGUAAGGAAUUUGUAAAAUUCACCAGUAAGACAGUCUUCGUUGUGGCUUUUUGUAGUUGUGGAGAAGCUACAGCUCUAGAAGUCGAAGUGCCCUCUUAUUCGGAAAUGCAAGUGCAUGCAAAGUGCAUCCGGUAUUUCAUUGAAGAUAAAUGUAGAGGUCUUCAUGGAUUUCAAAAUAUGUAGCAAAUCUGACUCUUUCUAAUCUAAAUUUGGGGAGCUCUUUGCAAAAUAGAGAUGGAACAAGUGGUCUUCAUCUAGUGGGUGGUUCAGCUGAAGGCAGGAUAUAAAGGUUUGAGUAAUAGUACUACUCAUAUAGUGUGGGAGACUUCUACAAUGGUGGUUAUAGCAAAGGGCAAGUUUGAAUGGAAGAUUUGGCUAGUUUUCAGCCAGUCCAUGUUUUCCCAUACUGUCCUAUUUAAAAAAAAAAGAAAAAAAAAAAAGCAAGUACAUGCAUAAUUUUCAUCUAUGAUCUAAAAUUCAUACUGAUACCAUCUUUUCAGCUGGCUUCAGUAGUCCAUUUCCUGUUUGAAGUGGCUGCUGAAUGAGGAAUUAACAAGUGAGGGUAUUGGCAUGCUUAUAAAGUAAGGCAAGUUGUUUUACAUUGAAACUUGGUAUGUGACCAUUCUCCAGGUUCUUGGAAUGUUCUAUUUCCUUGUUUGUGUCCAUGGUUAGUUUUAAUCCUAAUAAACAGUGCAGCCUAACAUAGUAUCUGUAUGUGGUAAGAGUAAUCCUAACAUGAAUACAUAAAGAAGUUUUCCAAGUCUAGUCAGGUCUUGUUAUGCCAGACGUUGAAUUAAUGCCUUGAGGGAAUAAAGCAUAUUUCUGCAUUAUCUUGAGAUCGCUGUUCACUGUGACCCAAAUUAAUGAUUUGUGGUUUUAUAUUUAGCCAUUUAGGCUUUUGUUUGGGUCAGACUCCUCCUAAUGUCAGUGCUAAUUGGUUGGCGUUAUUCAUUGAGGUAUAACAAAUCCAUUGGGAAUUAUGUAACCUUUUAUUUGCAGCCUGGACCCGUUCAGCUUUACCUUUGCUAAAUCCUGUAGCAUUUUGUAACUGAAGAAAUAUUUUGUAUUUGUUUGUGCCAAUAAAGCUUUUCUGCCCAGUUUCUACAUGUCCUACAUCUAGGAACAAUUUGCAAAUAGGACAAGAACAAUCGCUCAUUGUGAUUGCUAGAUGCUACUCUUGAUUGCUCUUUAACUAUUUGAAAUUGAACUACGGAUAUGUUUCAGGAAAAUGUUUUGACUGUAACAUUGACAUCUUAUGUUGCCUGCCGCAAAUUAUUUGUUUUUGCGUUUUGAAGUCCAGCCUUCCCUGUCAAAGGGAAGUUUGGAUAGCUAGAGUUUGAUCUUGCACACCCUCAAGUCGUGCAGAUGUCAAGAUCACUGGAAGGAGGGUAAAAUCAUGAUUGUUAAGCUGAGAACCCUUACUUGCAGCUUGUUUUCCUUUUUAGUUUGUGUUUUUUUGUUGUUGUUAUGGUCACACUUGACUUUGAUUUGGUGCAGGUUGUUAUUGGCGAUAAAGUUGUCCUUAACCCAGUAAAUGCCGGUCAGCCGUUACAUGCAAGUAGCCACCAGCUAGCAGACAACACAGGAUGCAACGAGGUGAGAAUUUGUUAAAGUAAAUGUGCAUUACUUUGCUUUACGUGAAGGCUGUGAAUUAUUACUGUCCUGUUCUUUGUUGGGCUUGUCUGUGAUCAAGACUGAAAGUUUGCUUUCCCAUUUUACUGUUAACAUCUUUUCUUUUUUUUUAGGUAAAUUCUGUGAACUGCAACACAAGCUGGAAAAUUGUUUUAUUCAUGAAAUGGAGUGACAAUAAGGAUGAUAUUCUGAAAGGGGUGAGUAAUGUCUGUGUGCAUUGUGGGAAAUAUGUAAGCAAUCUGUAAAAUGGAGACUAUUUUGAGGGAAAGGGGCUUGGCGAGGAAUGUAGUCUUACUGUGCUGAACUAUUAAUGUGAAAGGCUCACCUGGAUAAAGACUACACUAGGAAGGUGGUUAUGAGUCAAACUAGUGCUAAUCAGGAAGUGUGAUUGUAGCACUGAAAUUAAUCAUACUUUAGAAAGAUUAAUGGUUUAAUGCAUUUGAAAUUGUUCAUGUUAAAUUGCAUUUGGGUUAUAGGCCCUGCUAGUAUUAAAGACCACUGUACAACCAGUAAGACUUUAAAAUAGGAAUAUAAAUUGUAUGAAUAAGAGAAAAUCACUUUCCUCAUUCAGCUCAAAUAGUUAUUUUUAUGAUCUAAUCUAAAAUUAAAUGGGUCUGCUAUAAGCUCCUCUCAUAGAGCUCAGUCUUUACUCCUCUCAACUACUUAUGGUAUGUUAUUGUGUUUUGUUGGUAAAUGUCGAUGUAUGUUAAUCUGUGAUGCAAUGUUAUUACUGUGAAAACAAAAUAAAGAUUAUAUUGAUAUUGUAUGGAAAAAAUACAAUUUGCCCUCACAGGGUCACUCUCGGUACUAAAACAUCUUUGCAAAUCAUUAUCUGGCUUAUUACUUAAAGAGCCAUUCCAUGUUGCUGUUAUCACAAUGUUGUUUAUAGUUUCACAUUUUUUACUUUUAAUGCAAAUGUGUAUUGAUGAUUUCCUGGAGAGCCAAGCUAUGGCUACACAGGUGCGCUGGUGGCUAGGAUGAUCUCUGCAAACAGCCUGGGAUACAGAACUGUGAACCAGGCUGCUUUAAGUUUACUGAGCAGUCCACUCAUCAUGAAAAACAUUGCGGUGUGGAUUCUUUAUUCCAUAAAUACUUGUGACCGAAUGUUGAUGGGAUUUUAAACCUCAAACCUCAUAUAAUUUUUUUUUUAUUAAAGGGACAAUGUAGUCACCAGAACAGCUACAGCUUAUUUUAUCAGUUCUAGUGAGUAUAAUCAUUCCCUUCAGGCUUUUUGCUGUAAGCACUGUAUCUUCAAAAAAAGAGAAGACUGUUUACGUUAAAGCAUAGGGAUACCUUCAAUGGCCAUACCUCAGAUGGCUACUAGGAGUGCUUCCUCAGUGUCUCCACCCUCUGCAUGGAGACACUGAACCUUCAUCUGAGAUGUAUUGAAUCAAUGCAUCUGAGAAGAUGCUGAUUUGCCAGGGUGGCGUUUUCCCCCACCUCCUUUGUGAUCUCCAGUGGGAAAACAGUGGAUUGGCUGACUUUAAUUCUGUCAGCCAAAGCAGCAGGGCCAGUGCCUGCAGUCCCAUGGAGAGCUGGAAAGAAGGUAAAUGUUAACCCUUUCUAAGGGAGCAUGGGGGGGACACAAACUUCCUUCAUUCAUACCCACGCCUGUCUGAGCAAGAUUGUAUAAAGAUCACAAUCUCUCCUUACAUUCAACUCUUCAAAGCAAAGUGGGCAACAUCGUGUAUUCUCAUAAUAAAAUACACUAAUGUUAGGAACUGUGGUUGAAGUUGCUUUCCUUCCCAUCCUGCCCAUUUCCUGUAUUUUUAAAGCAGUUGAAGAGUAAAAUGUUAACUUGUCUUUUAAUACAAUAUUAACUACAGCAACCCUAAUGGGCACUAAGGCCAUCAUCAAUCAAAUAUAAAUUGAUUUGAUAAGACUGUAGUGCACAUCUGUAAGGAGCCGUAUUGUCCGUAUCGAGUACAAGUAACUCUGUAUCAGAAAUAAAACUUCCAUGGUUAUCUGAUAGGCCGUGUUUGACUGAUCAUAAACAUGAAUUUAGCAAGUUCUUGAAGAGCUAAUUGCACUCUUCUAACUACACCUCUUUCUGGAUGUUACAUUAACCACAUUGUAUCCUUUUUGCAGGGCGAUGUUGUGCGACUGUUCCAUGCAGAGCAGGAGAAGUUUUUGACGUGUGAUGACCACAGAAAGAAACAGCAUGUGUUCCUCAGAACUACGGGCAGGCAGUCUGCCACUUCGGCCACCAGUUCCAAAGCAUUAUGGGAGGUGGAGGUGGGUAGGCUAGCUAUAUCUUAUGCUAUCCACAAAUUAGAUUUGCCAAUUCGUUAACGAAAUUAAUGAGACCAAGAAUUUUCAGAUUAGGUUUUAUGGAGUCUCAAACUUGAAAUUUAUAUUUAAUGAAUUUAUUGGAAAAAAUAUAUAUUUAUCUUUUAGUUGUCCAUUAAAAUCAACAUGGUGCUGAGUAAACACUAGUGUUUAUCGUUGUUUCCCUUUUCAAUUUAAUCUAAAAAAGUAUUCAUGCUCGAAAAGAGGCUCUUGAAAUGGUUUGAUGCUUUUAAUACUUUUAAAUUAAACCUUCUUUAGCCCAUGUAUCAACUGGUUGGAUUUAUUUUAACAAGCUAAAUAAAAUAACCUUACCAUUUCAUGUAUCAUACAGUAAUACAUGUACUGCUCUGGGCUUCUUAUUUUCAGGUUGUGCAGCAUGAUCCCUGCCGAGGUGGUGCCGGUUACUGGAACAGCCUUUUUCGUUUCAAACAUCUGGCAACAGGGCACUACUUGGCAGCUGAGGUGAGUUAAAGAAAUCUUGGUAAGCUGUGAUGAUUCUCUGUAGUGCUUAAAAGGUCUAAAACAAUAUCUGUGAUGACUGCACUCAGUAGGGAUGUUGGUGCCGGUAUCAAGGUCACCCUACAAUCAAACCUUUAAAAUUUUAAAUCAAUAAAUAGGAUACUGCACUCAAAUUGGUAUAUCAAAUUAUAUUGGACUAUUAUCUCAAAUAUGAGAAAUCAUAUUGUGUAUGUGUAUAUAAUAAAUUCAAAACGGAAAAUUACAAUUAGACUGUGAGCCUACAAUAUCAGCACAACAAGCUCAUGAAAGGCAUAGGUUAUCAGGUCUCAACCAGAUUACAUGGUAUUUGUAUCCACCACUUGCCCAGAAAAGGCAAGUGACUUGGUUUCGUUGUUUCUUGGCUCUAGUUGCAGUAGAUCUAAACCUUCCAUAUUGUCAAGGAACGUGCAUUAUAUUAAAGAGCUUUCCUUCUAGAACAGUUUGUCUACACAAUCUACUGAAACUUGGUCUUGCCAUCUUCUUCACGGUAUGAUGCCCCAUUCCAAACUUGUAGUUGUUCCAGAUAUGAGGCAUUCCCUACCACCACACACUUCCCCCACCCCUUGUACCUUUGUUUGGGUUUUGGAUUAUCUUCUGAUCUGGUGUCCUGGGUCCAUUUCCCUGCAGUUGACUAGUCUCACCUUGCAAUUCUUUUCCACCAGGUAAAUCCUGACUAUGAGGCAGGUAGCCUGGAGUCUGAGGUUGCCGUAAGUAUAGGGGGAGGGUAGCUAGAAUCCGCCAAUAUUGCGAUCAGUCUGAUCAUAUCCCUUCACCAUAUCCUGCUUUUAGUCUAUUGCUAGUCCAGCCUUCCAUAAAGCCUUCUCAGGCUUCCUAGUCUUGGCUUGCAUACCCUGCCUCUCCCCAUCUCAUACUCUCCAAACCUCAGAUGAUCGAUUGGACAGGUAAGGCAUGAAAUGGGAAAUUUAAUCAUGCACACCUGGAUCCAUGGUAUCAUUUAACUUCUUUUCCCUGCAUGGCCCAUGAGAGGCUGUUGACAAGUGGAUAUAGCUUCCAGUGAUGAAAAAGCUCGACAUCUAUUUAUUUGUAAAGCUAUAACAUUUGAUAGCUGAUAGUUUAGAAUAUAUAUAUAGAGGGGGGAGAGACACCAUAUCUGUAAAACUAACAAGUUCAAAAAUUACUCAGACCUAUAAUUAAAGGAUUAAAUGCAGAACGGCCACAAUCACAACUCAACUUCUAUUUGCUUUUAUUUCUGAUAUAUUACUCAUUCAUUUUGUCUGCCACUUCCAGAUUGACUAUUCAAUUUAGAUCUUUAAAUAUAGAAGUGGUGCAGAAGUUGCAUCCUCCUCAAUUAUGGUGAAUUAAAAUACUUAUAUAUUUUUUUUUAUUUUUUUUGAUGGGCAGCAUUUUGUUUAAUGAUUAUACACACCCUUUAAACUAUCCCAGCCUUUGGUCUAGCACUCUGCUUAAGCAGAAGUGAGCUUCCUUAAAGCCUGACUGCCACAUUCUUGGCUUAUUACUGGCUUACUGCAUAGGUGAAACAAAUCAAAAUUAUGGUUAUUAGAGUGCCUGGAAAUUCACAAUUAAUGCAACUCACAUAAAACUUUGUUAAUGGUAAAAUGAGAACCAAACUUGACUCGCUAUUAACACUUGGAUAUGUUUUUUGUUUUUGCGAUCAAUGUUUUGGGGGAAAAUGUACUCCGUUAAACUUUAAUAGCUAUGAAUCUGAGUAAAUGUUCAAACCAUUGCACUUCAGUUUCCAUUACCAGAGGGGAGCAUCUUGGCCAAAGCUGUCAUAGAUGUUCGAUAACGUAGCAUGUUGAAUUUAAUACUGAAGACCUAUAAGCAUCAGCUUCCUUUUGGACUUGUUUGCUUUUUUCCUCAUUGUGUACUUUAAUCAACAGAUGGAUGCAGAACAAGACCCAGCCCGAGCUAAUCUACGUGUGGUGCCUGAGAAGAUGAUGUGUACUUUAGUCUCCGUGCCUGAGGGAAAUGAUAUUUCAUCAAUCUUUGAGCUUGAUCCAACAACGCUGCGUGGUGGUGACAGUUUAGUGCCCAGGUAAGAAUUUUCAUGCUAUCUUUUCUUCACAUGCAGUAGAUUCUGCUUGUCUGCAGAAGUCUUCCUGUCCUUUGCUGGCUCACUUCUCCUUAUUGUAGGGAAGGAGGCUUUUAAAAUGUCCUCUCACCCUCCUGUCCUGUUCUAGAAAUUCAUAUGUGAGGCUCCGGCAUCUAUGUACCAACACCUGGGUCCACAGCACGAACAGUCCAAUAGAUAAAGACGAGGAAAAGCCAGUCAUGUUGCGCGUGAGUACAUUUUGGAUAGUGACCUACCUGUUGAAAUAUAAGGUCUACAACAUAGGAAAGUCUGCUCAUGGGCAGGAGACUAUUUUGGCUGUCUGAUUCUUUCCACUUUGGUUGUACUAUAGAAAACUCUACAAAGGUGUUGUACAUUACUUUAUCGGUGCACCAUCAAUUUUGUUUAUAUUGUAGGAGUACAGGAUGAGAAUUGAAUCAAACCCACACUUAAAUACUUCCCAGAUCUUUGUUUUAGUUCAGUUAAGACUUGAAGAAAGGGGCUAAACUGAAAAUAAACUGAAGUUUUGUUAUACUCUGCACCAUAAGUAAAUAUAAUCCACCCUAAAUUAUUUUCUUUAUGGUAGGUCAUUUAUUGCUGUGAUAAAGUAGUCUUUUCAACCAACCACAAACUUGAGAAACAAAGUGUUAAAGGAACAGUGUUAAUAAAAUAAAAACGUGGGUUUUUAUUCCUUUUCCUUUUUUUUUUUUUUUCCCAACGGACUAAUUGUUUGCUUACAUUUCAGUCAACAUAUUUUUCAGUUGAAACAUCACUGCAUUGGUACUCAGAAAUAUUUACUAGGAUUAAAUGUACUAGAUUUGUCAACUUGUUCAAGUGGUUAUGGUGAUAAAAUGUAAGAUGUGACCGCACAAUCACUGAUAUACAGUGGUGAUAAAGGAUAACCAAGAAAAUUGUGUGGAUUGUUAUGGAAUAUUUAUUUCACAUAUCAACUGAUCCAGUUGUUGCUUAAAGUGUGUUUUUUUUUUUGUUUUUUUUUUGUCUGGUCAGCUUGUCUCAGGUUCUCUUCUUAAAUUCCUUUCGAUUUGUCUAGAUUGGAACAUCCCCGGUGAAGGAAGACAAGGAAGCCUUUGCGAUUGUCCCGGUGUCACCAGCUGAAGUGCGGGAUCUGGAUUUUGCAAAUGAUGCCAGUAAAGUUCUCUCCUCCAUUGCAGGCAAAUUAGAGAAGGGCACAAUUACACAGAAUGAAAGAAGGUGCAUGAGUAGCUGCUUAAAACAUGUGGAAAUGUGUACCUGAAAGUGUGGGUUUUGACAGAUUUACUCUUUGCUAGAUCUGUCACCAAACUGUUGGAGGAGCUGGUGUACUUUGUGACUGCUGGGGUGAAUUCUGGGCAGGAUGUGUUAGAGGUACUGGUAAACAAGCCAAAUCGAGAACGUCAGAAAUUGAUGCGCGAGCAGAACAUUCUAAAACAGGUAAGCUUCUAGUUCCGCAUACUUGGAGAUGAUCUAUGGUGAGCUGUUGAGACUGAUAGGUAAAACUCUAUUCCUUACUUAGAUCUUCAAGCUGCUACAGGCUCCAUUCACUGACUGUGGAGAUGGGCCAAUGUUGAGAUUGGAGGAGUUGGGUGACCAAAGGCAUGCACCAUUCAGACAUAUAUGCAGGCUGUGUUACCGGGUUUUGAGACACUCUCAGCAAGACUACCGUAAAAAUCAGGUGAACGAUUUUAGGUUUUUCACACAAUUACCCUUGUGCAAUAAGAAAUUGCAAAAAUAGGUGGGUAAUGGGCAAGAGUAAGACUUGCUUUUGGGGGGGGGAAAAAGAGAACUCCUCUCCUAAACAAACACAAAGCACACAGUAUCCCUUUAAUGUAUUAAAUAUGUACUUAAAGUCCUUCCAGAGGUACAAAGUGGUCUUUCAACUGUUGACAAUGUGUAAAUAUCGUAUGCAUUGUUUUUUUUUUUCUCUUCCCCAGGAAUAUAUUGCCAAGCAGUUUGGCUUCAUGCAGAAGCAGAUAGGCUAUGAUGUACUGGCAGAAGACACAAUCACUGCUCUGUUGCACAAUAAUCGCAAACUACUUGAAAAGCACAUCACUGCAGCGGAGAUAGACACCUUUGUGAGCCUGGUUAGAAAGAACAGAGAACCAAGGUGGGCUAGUGGACAUGGAGUCAUAUUUAGUUUGUAUGGAACCUGAUGACCUUGGUGGGGCUAUUGUUUGCCUCAAAGGUUUUGGUCAAUCAAAAAGAUGCAGGAUGUGAAUACAGGUCUGUUAUACCUGGAUAGCCGUGUAUGCAUAGCCUAAGUUGAUAUAAGUGUUUUUUUGUUUGUUUUUUUUUCUUUCAGGUUCCUGGACUACUUGUCAGACCUCUGUGUGUCCAUGAAUAAGUCUAUUCCAGUUACACAAGAGUUGAUCUGUAAAGCUGUAUUAAACCCAGUCAAUGCCGAUAUUCUCAUAGAAACAAAGUAAGCUCUACAGCGUCUUACUGUCUGUCCUUAUUGCGUCGAUUAGUAGAUUGUUGGUUAAUUGUAUACCUUGGGACAUGGACUGAUGCUUGAAUUGGGCUUUGCAGGCUUGUUCUGUCACGCUUUGAGUUUGAAGGAGUUACCACUGGGGACAGCCCACUUGAAACCGGGGAAGAUGAGGAAGAAGUCUGGCUCUUCUGGAGAGAUGGAAACAAGGAAACGCGAAGCAAAAGUAUUAGAGAGCUUGCACAAGAUGCUAAAGAGGGUCAGAAAGAGGACCAAGAUGUUCUGAGCUACUACAGGUGAAAGGUUAACUGGUUAACUCUUGUGUCUAAAUUACUGCUGUGUGUUAUGGACUCUGGUACAUGUUUUCCUUGUGUUCCAGGUAUCAGUUGAACCUCUUCGCUCGCAUGUGCCUCGAUCGUCAAUAUUUAGCCAUUAAUGAGAUCUCUGGUCAGCUAGAUGUAGACCUCAUCCUUCGUUGUAUGUCUGACGAGAACCUGCCAUUUGAUCUGCGUGCUUCCUUUUGCCGACUUAUGCUUCAUAUGCAUGUUGAUCGAGAUCCUCAGGAACAAGUGACCCCUGUAAAGUAUGCUCGUUUGUGGUCAGAAAUACCAUCAGAGAUUGCCAUUGAGGAGUAAGUCUGAGAUCUAUAUUUCAGAGAUGGAACAAACCCUUUAACCCUCCUCCACAUUGUAUAUAGAAAAAAAGUAUAGUGGUACUGAAUGGCGCUGUAGUAGUUAUUAAAGUAAUGCUGCUAAAAAACACUGUGAAAUCAACCACAUAAUUUCACAUAAUACAUAGGAUAAAAACCAUAAAAAAAUCAAGUGGAUAGCGCACUUGCAACAAAUAUAAAAUGUGACAACAGAUAUGUGGAGUGGUAAGGAAGGUGUAGUUACAAAGAGAUAUAGAGAUAGAUAUAGAUAUAUAAUAUUUUAACUGUCAAAGGUAUUUCUAAAAGAGAAAAGCUCACAUAGGGCAAUACAACCUGUAGUAUCCACAGUGUGAAUCUUAAAUAUUUGUUAUAGUUGCAUCCUACUCAUUUUAAUGAGCCUGCAUAAAUAACUGGCUCAAGUAUAAUAUAGCAUGGCAUAUUUCAAACUUUGGCACCAAAAAUCCUUGUAGACCCGCCCACUUCAGAUGCGUCACUUCCAGCAGUGCGUGGCGCAUACUUCCAGUGAUCAGGACUGAUCACUAGAUGAAACCGGAAGUGACGGGACCGGUCCGAAGUGGGCAGCUCUACAAGGAUUUCCGGCGCCAAAGUUUUGAAGAAAAAAAGGGACAGAAGGACAAUAUCAGUAUGCACCCGAUGAAGGCAUCCAGCUGAAACAUGUUGUGCUCAUUUUAGGAAGAACCUCUUCAUGCAGCUUGUGCUUCUUAUAUGCAAGAAUUUGUCUUUUGAACAAAUGUUAAGAUUUUACUUUUAAUUCUUGCUGAUCACCCUAUGAUCAUUGGGGGAGAGCACAGAAGCUGAGGAACUUAAUCUUCACAUCCUACCUAUGCUUAUAUCUUUUUCUUCCAGCUACGAUAGUAGUGGGACAUCGAGAGAGGAUAUAAAGGAGCGGUUUGCUCAAACAAUGGAGUUUGUGGAAGAGUAUCUGAGAGAUGUCGUCGGACAACGAUUUCCUUUCUCUGACAAGGAGAAGAACAAACUGACAUUUGAGGUAAUUUGGAAGGGAUGUUGAAUAGUGGGAUACCUUUAAUGUUUAAAAAUUGUUAUGGUAAUGAAAAUAUUUAGUUGUAAGUACCCAGGAGGACAUGCUAGGUCUUUGAGCAUGAAUGUUCUUAUUACAGCUACAUUUGUCUGCAGUGUAAUCUUUAAAGGUACAAGUCAUUGGAAUUUUCACUUAUACUUGUUUAGAGCAUAAUAUUGUGUAGACAUUGUCCUAGUAGCUUUGCUAGCAAAUGUAUAGUUUGGGGAGGACCUAUUGGAAAAACAUGUUUCACCCAUUUCGCAGUAAAAUCUUAGACAUGGACCCUAUGCAGAAGAUAUGACUGACCAGGGAGAACAGAAAAGACCACCCACAGGAGGUCCUUCUGUUUUCCACGUAACAACCACAGUUAUUGGCAAACAUAUAUAUUUCGAUCUCUCUUCCCCUCCCCCAUUCCCCUGAAAGGUCACCCCUCUCAGUAGGCUUAUAGUAACCCGUUAACUUUGUCUUCCUUGCGUUAAAUUGGCAUCAUAAAAAGAAUAAAACACACUUGAAUGACCUUGAAGAAGAAAUUCUAAACACAGUAUGAUGUAUCCAUAAUUUUCCACUCUGAAUAUACGGUUUACAAACUGUGACUUUAAACAUGUUAAAGGGCAAUUGGCCUGAUUAGUCAUCAUUUACGUGACUUGAUUAAAAACCCGAACAAUCCUAUAAAUCCGCGUACACCCUAUGUUGAAGGCAGUGAUUUAUUUAUUUUUUGUUUAAUAUAGUUUCCAAGAUCUGUUUUAAAAAAAAAAUAAAAAAAAAAAAAAAAUGCUCUGUAUAUUGAAUGUGUGGAUUUGUACUAUUUACAUCUAUCUGUCUUUUCUUAUCUCAGGUAGUGAACUUGGCUAGAAACCUCAUCUACUUUGGGUUCUACAACUUCAAUGAUCUCCUUCGUCUAACAAAGAUCCUUCUAGCCAUUCUGGAUUGUGUGCAUUUGACUUCCAGCUUUCCAUCCAGCAAGAUGGGCAAAGGGGAGGAAAACAAAGGUAAAUAUAAAGAUUUAGUGCUUUUCAGGAGCUUGUUCUUUCGUUAGAACUACUGCACCAUGCAUCUGCAGUUUAUUAAAUGAACAUGCUAUUUAGCAAGUAUGUUGCAUUGCAUUUAUUUCUGCAUAUCUGAAAACCUUUACUAGCCAUUGGCUAGUGAAAAUUGAGUCCUGGUGAGUGUCAUGGACCCUCUAGGCUUAUUUGCGAGUAGCUUUUAAAGUCUGGCUUGGCAUUUAAAGCUCUGUGUCUCAGUUCUGUUCUGGGUUAAUCGGUUUGUGCACCUCUUUAAUCUGCUUUGUAAAGACAGACUGUUUUGUAGGUGGCAGCAAUGUGAUGCGGUCCAUACAUGGUGUAGGAGAGUUAAUGACACAGGUGGUGCUGCGUGGUGGAGGAUUUCUUCCACUAACUCCACUGGCCACUCCUGAGGGGGCCAUCAAGCCUCAAAGGGAACCGGAGAAGGAGGACAUACUUGUGAUGGACACAAAGCUUAAGAUCAUUGAGAUUUUGCAGGUAUAAUAUCACUUUUCUACCCCUCCUCUCGCAUUUUUCUUUUUAUAUGGAAUAUUCAAUACAUAAAUGAUGGCCAGUCUUGUCUUUUGAAUUUUUUUUUUUUUUUUGUAGUUCAUUUUGAAUGUACGGUUGGAUUACCGCAUCUCCUGCCUCCUUUGCAUUUUCAAGUGUGAGUUCGACGAGAGCAAUGCCCAAAGUGUAGAUGGUGGAAGCUCCGAUUCCUCCACAGUGGUCCCUGGUAAGACUGAGAACAAAAACAGAUUGUUCUGUACCCCAUAUUAUCAUUUUGUAAUCUCUGUGGAGCUGUAGAAUGAAGCUUAAUCUUUAUUCAAUCAGCACUACCCAACGUUUUGACACGGAAGCUUGACUACUUACAGGGACAAAACUCUCCAGCCACUGGCAGUAGUCAUUGUACAGACUUUUGGUAUUAGUGCCUUGGGUUGUUGAAACAAAGUGCAUAUUUUUGAUAUUUAGUAGACCAUACCAUCAAACUGACCUAUUAUCCUAUAUGUUAUAGAUGACGGGAAUUGGGAUUUGUUAAACUUUAUAAAUAUACAAGUGUUAGAUGUUUGUAAAAUGAAGAAAAAAAAAAAACUAUUGAGUGGUAAAAUUGAAUCUUAAAGACUUGGGGAUAGAAUGAAAAGCUUACUUAAUGCCUUAAGGACGGCGGGCGUACUAUGCCGUCCUCGAAAGGGUUGCUCUAAACGAUGGGGGAUAGGGGUGGCAUAGUACUGUUCCUAAUCAAGUACCUGUCUUGAACCAAGGAGUGCCUGGAUCUCUACUACUUCAGAAAAUAUCAUUGGCAAGCCCUAUAUUUAACCCUGUAACUUUCUACAACACUCGUGAUACAUAACUGAAUACAAAUAUGUGCAUUUCAUUUCAAUAAAAGCCAACAGUAUUAUGACAGUUAAAAUGUCACGUAGAACUUGAAAAAUAAAAAUUUCUUAAUUUCUCAUACUUCUUUAGAUUUUAUUCAUAUUAAAUUGUUUCAUAUAGAAAUAUUUGAUAGGAAAUGAAAGUCCUACUUCUCCUGAACAAAAUGAUAUAUAAUAAGUGCGAGUGAACUUAAUAUGAAAGAGGUGAAUUAUGGUUGAACCACAAAUAGCGCAAAAUCCAGGUUUUGUUUUGAUUGCAAUUUGGUUCCAUCCUUAAUGGGUUAAGAGGUAUUCUCCAAAUGACCUCCAUACAAUCUUAUAUUCCUUUACAUUACACAUAGUAUGAUUUCAUUUUAAUGCAGUAGCUUGAACCAAAACAGUUUAACAUGAACUAGUAGGUCCAUUCUUUGCACACAUGCCCAUGCUGUUUUUCCAAUAAUAUCUUCUGGUUUGCAGGGGCUCUGGAUUUUGAGCAUAUUGAAGAACAAGCUGAAGGAAUAUUUGGAGGAAGGCAAGUAUUAGUCUUGUAUGAUUAACCUACUGAUAACUACAGAAUGCUAAAAUGUGUGCCCUAAAUGGGCGAUGUGAUUAAGCGGAUAACUACUAAAUGCACAUAAACAAGUUAUUUCUCACAAAGUAAUGUAACCUAAAGUGUACAACAAUAUGAAUAUAUACAAAAAAUAGAAAAGGUGUCAGUACAUACAACACAACAUUAUUAAAAUGUAAAUGUUCAUGCUUAUGAGCCUCACGUGCUUUAGAAUAUUUAUAUUAUGUCUCUCUUGGUAGUUAAGCAACUAGCAAAGUCAUGGUUGUUCACUAAAGUUAAAAUUGUAUUUGUUCCAGGUCAGCUACUUUGGCCCUAAACUUGAAAUUUACUUUACAUUCCCAGCAGUUCUCUUUAGUGCUUACCUCCUAAAGGUGUCUGGUGUACACAGUCCAGGCUGUGUUUAAGAACCUACACAGUAUUGGAAUAUGUAUGGGGCAGCAUACACUUAAAUAGUAUUACCAUAGUGCCUUUAGGCCAGAAAUAUAAAUAAAAGUACUAGGUAUAUAUUAACGAUCCAAGACCUGCUUUAUAUGACCGUGUGAAACCUUGUUUGUUUUCGAUCAAAAGUGCCCACUGUAGCGGUUAUGGCAAGUGUACCCUGGCGCUGUUAACUGUAGGCAGAGCUGCAGAAGCUGAAUGUCGAUUCUGACAUUCUUCAUUGGCUGAGCAGUGAAACUUAAAUUACUUUAGUAAGCUAGGAACUCUUGUUCUGGGCUCGCUGACACUUAUUGAGGUGGAGUUACUAAUUUCCAAGCAAAGUGGUUAAACGCUGUAAAUGUAGCAUAUCCCACUCUGAACAGCAAAAUUCCAGGAACCAUGGCUACUUCAAAUCUCUUUACCUUCCCUGUAUGAAUCUCUUAUAAAUGUAUGUGUGCUUGGUAUUCUGCAAUUCAUGUUAAACUUACACUUUAAUGAAACCUAGCUACCUACGUGUUUACCGACCUUGUGUUAUGUAAACCAUUCUUUAGCUGUAAAUAAUUGUGCAGUGUUGGCUUGAGGGAUGCGUAUGUGUAGAUCGUGACUUUCCUGCUCACCUCUUUUGAGAUGCAAAGACGAUACAAUCAGAAGGCAUACAGUGGCACUUUGUGUGCCAUAUUUUCAUAUUGGAAAAGCUUCUAUAUCCAAACUCUGUGAUAACAAAUUUAAUAGAAUAUUCAAGUGAUGCAUUAUAUGGUCUUGCAUGUACUAUCCUCUGUGCACACAUUAUAUAGGUACUUUGUAUUUGUUAUCUGUGUGCUGUCUAAUGAACUCAGAUGUAAUAUCAACAAAAGAUAACAAACCUAUUGGCAAGCAAAAAAUAGUAAAAUACAGGCACUCCUCACCUACCGACCUUUUUCCGUUCUUACGACUCGGUUGCAAAACCAACUGGUCGAUAAGUGAGGAUGCACUACAGAGCAUGCAAACUAGAGCAGGUCUAUGUUCGGGGAAAUUUCCCCCGAACAUAGACAAAACACACCAGAGGAGGGAAUCCAUCUUGUCUAUGUUCAGGGAAAAUUCCCAGAGCAUAAAACAGCUCUUGAACAUGGGAAUCGCUCAUCCCUGUGCUAGAGAGCUGGUUGUAAGUCCGUGCUGUCAGUAAACAAGUCAGUGUUAAAGUGAGGACUACGUGUAAUAAAAAGUCGAACAAACCACAAGACCGGAGAUAACCAUAUGCAGAUGACACCCCACCUAUUCAACCCCCAAACUCCUCCCAACGUACUCUACCCUUUGUGAAGUACUGUGCUGUUCUGGGCAAUGGCAGUCAAAGUAUCCAUUCGGUAGUUAUCUGCUAUUUUGGCUUCUACCUCUUCCAUAGUAGGCACUUGUGCCCAUAACCACCCCGUGGCAAAAGCCCUGCAUGCAGCCAACAUAUUUUUGCUUCCUUCUAUACCUUUAGUGAAGAGAAUACUCCACUUGAUCUAGAUGACGAUGGUGGCAGAACAUUUCUGCGUGUGCUCCUUCAUCUCACAAUGCAUGAUUACCCUCCGCUUGUGUCUGGAGCGCUUCAUCUACUCUUUAGGCACUUCAGCCAACGACAGGAGGUGCUACAAGCUUUCAAGCAGGUUUGUUAGGUGGUUUAUGGACAUUAACGCUGAGAAACCAUGAUUUGCAUAAAGAACCACUGACCACUGCUUUUGGGUGCAGGUCCAGCUUCUAGUGACCAGCCAAGAUGUGGAUAACUAUAAGCAAAUAAAGCAGGAUCUGGACCAGUUGAGAUCCAUUGUAGAGAAAUCAGAGCUUUGGGUGUACAAAGGAUCUGGCCCAGAGGAGACACCAGAGGCGCAAGCAGGGGAGGCAGGUCAUAAGGAGGUAUGUUGUAUAAAUGUUACAAGAAUUGCUGACCCGCUCCUCUAUGGGUAUUGCCCUCUAUAAAAUGACACAAGUGCAGCAAAUAAGAAAAAUCUAUUUAAUUUUGCUUUAUAGGGAGCUAGACAUAUAUCUCCCUCCUUCCCCUCUUCUUUGCCUACUCUUCCUAAUUUUUACUUAAUUGGCAGACUUUUUUUUUUUUUUAUGUCCUGUAUCACACAAAGGAUAUAUUCUCCCUGUGCUACCACAACAUAUGUCAUUGAUAACCUUGUAACUUCCAAUGUUUUUCAGUGUUCCUUUUAUCUCAUUGUUAUGGUUUUCCUUACUGUACUUCCUUUUUAAAGUUUAUUAAAUUUAAUGACCAAUAUAAUCAAAUUAUAGAUCAGUUGUAGUCAAUAGAGCUCUUCAGCUGUGGAACUAAAUCUAACGUGAUCCCCAGUUAGCCACUUGGUGUACUACUGGUAUAAUUGAGCUUCUUCGGUUUACCUCAACUGGAAAGUUUUAUUGAAGGGGUGGAACUUAUAUAGGCAUACAUCUUACUUUGUUUUGAAUUAGUAAACUUAAAAGUAUUGGCCCUUUUUAUGUUUGUUUUAGCUUUGUUUUUGUCAGUGUUGCAUGCGUUCCCCUUGACAGGGUAAAAGGCUACUUUAGAAUAUGAUGGAGGGGCAAAAUGUGUUUUCUCCAAAUGCUGUAAGUCUUCAGAAAUUGGAACGAAGUGUCUAGAUCCAUUUUUACCCCUUCCUCAUGCCACCUCACCUCUCCCUUUUUGAUAAAUCACUUACUGACUUUUCUCUCCCUCUUUCUCAUAUUUUUGUGUUAUCUCCUGCACUUGCUUUUUCUUUUCCCCCUUCACAUAAUUGCCUUAGCCACUCCAUAUAGCACUCUUAAUGACCUCUUCAUAAUCUAGCUACACUAUAUAUUAGGGAUGCACUGAAAUGAAAAUUCUGGUCCGAAACCAAUAAUUCAGGAUGCCUUUGGCUGAAAAUGACUUUCCCCCUAAAUGAUUUAUAAAUAAAAUUAUAGGAUUUUUUUUUUAAUGAAUUUAAUCUAACAUGAAAAACUUCCAUUCUCCCUUCUUUUAGUGGUCCCCCCUGCUUAAUGUUCCUCUCCCCACUUUUUUUUUGUGUUCUUCCCCCCCCCCUCCCACCCAUUGUGUUCCUUUCUCCCCCUCCCCUCAAUGGCCCAUUGUUUCCUCCCCACCCCAUCCUGGCUCUGUGUUCCUUCCCCCCCAUCCCCUGGCUCUGUAUUCUUUCCCCCAUCCCCUGGCCUCUGUGUUCCUUCCCCCAUCCCCUGGCUCUGUGUUUCCUUUCCCUCCCCAUCCCCUGGCUCUGUGUUUCCUUCCCCAUCCCUGGCUCUCUGUGUUUCCUUCCCCAUCAUUCCCUGGCUCCAUCCUGGCUCUGUGUUCCUCGCCCCCAUACCCUGGCUCUGUGUUCCCCCCCACCCUGGCUCUGUGUUCCUUCCCCCUUCCCCAUCCCACAUUUCCCCCCAUCCCUGGCUUGUCCUUCCCCCCCAUCCCUGGCUCUGCCCCUUCCCCAUCCCCUGGCUCUGUGUUCCUUCCCCCAUCCCCUGGCUCUGUGUUCCUUCCCCCCCCAUCCCCUGGCUCUGUGUGUUCCUCCCUCCUUUCCCCCCCCCCCAUCCCCUGGCUCUGUGUUCCUCCCCCCUCCCCAGCUCAUGGUGUUCCCCCCCCUGGCUCUGGUUCCCUUCCCCCCUCCUGGCUUAUGGUGUUCCCCCCUCCCCCAGCCUGGCUCAUGGUGUUCCCUCACCCUCCCCCCUCCCCACCUGGCUCAUGGUGUUUCCCUCCACCUCCCCUCCCCACCUGCUCAUGGUGUUCCUCACCCCUGGAUAUUAAUGAAUCUAACAUGGAAAACUUCCUUUCUCCCUUCUUUUAAUGGUCUCCCCUGCUUAAUGUUCCUCUCCCCCUUGUGUCCCCCCUGGCCUAUUGUGUCCCUUCCCCCCUCCCUGGCCCAUUGUGUUUCCUUCCCCCUCCCUGGCCCAUUGUGUUCCUUCCCCCCUCCCUGGCCCCCUUUCCCCCCCUCCCUGGCCCAUUGUGUUCCUUCUCCCCCCUCCCCUGGCCCAUUGUGUCCUUUCUCCCCCCCUCCCUCCAUUGUGUUCCUUUCCCCUCCCUGGCCCAUUGGCCUCCUUCCUGUUCCCUCCCUGGCCCAUUGUGUUCCUUUUCCCCUCCCUGUUGUGUUCCUUUCCCCCUCCCCUGUUGCCCACCUUACCCCCCUCCCCUGGCCAUUGUGUUCUUUUCCCCCCUCCCUGGCCCACUGUGUUCCCCAUCCCCAGUGUUUUCCACCCCCCCCCCUCCCCUGGCCCACUGUGUUCCCCAUCCCCAGUGUUUUCCACCCCCCCUCCUCCCCCUGUGCAGUAUUCUUGACCUUUUAAGUCAUUACUAUCUUUCAUUGUGAUAUAUAAUCAUUUCGAAUUGUUAAUGCAAGCAGGUCUAUUAAACUUGGCACUACAAAAAAACUUUUUUAUUUUUUUAUGUUUCUGCAAAUUUGACCCAUUUUUGGGCAAAAUGGGAUAGGCCCAAUUUCGGUGCAUCCUUACCAUAUUUAUCUUUUUAAUUACGAGCCACUAUGUUUUGAACACACUCCACCCUUUAAUAUUCCUUCUUCCCCUUCUCUGUUUCCCUUCUCAAUUUAUUUUCACAGAAAACUUUUUUUUUUUUUUUUAAAUCAAUGAUCCAGUUAAUACCAAUUCUGUAUUUGUAGUCUACCACUUAAAUAACCAUAGUCCACUGUCAGCCAUUCCCACAAGUAUGUGUUGCCCCCAGCAUGCCAGUUCUUCCUUUCUCAGUUUUUUUUUUUUCCCCCUUUUUGCGGGUUGCUUGGGUCUGACCAUGUUUUGUCAUGUUCUGAAUCAAGGCUUUUUUUUAAUUUUUUUUUUUUUUUUAUUGCAGGAGGGAUCUGGAAAGCCAAAGAAACCAGAAAGCACAAGUAGUUAUAACUACAGAGUGGUCAGAGAAGUAUGAUUCCCCUCACUUUCACACUUGCUAUAGCAUCAUAUUAAUAUUUUUUUUUUUUUUUAUCUGCACAACUGACUUAUCUUGUCAAACGUUAGAUACUCCUGCGUCUCAGCAAGCUAUGUGUGCAGGAGAACACAUCUGGUCGCCGAAACCGCAAGCAACAGCAGCGCCUGCUCAGAAAUAUGGGGGCCCACAGUGUGGUGCUGGAGCUGCUUCAGAUACCUUACGAAAAGGUAAGAUCCUUUAUUGCAUGAAUGGAUUAAAAAGUAAUGCUUAUUGCAUAAAGACACCUGCUGUUUUGGCCAGCACUAGUGAUACUAUAGGGGAAAAGGCUUUGAAUGAAGGGUCUCCUGAAUCCCAAUAGACAUCAGUGUUGUACUCUCAAGCAUGCAUGCUCUUAAUCUGAGGAUCUUAAAGGAGAUGGAAGCUCCCACGAGGGACCUGUUGGGGUAACACCUACCUUCCACUGCCACGACCAGAAUGCAAGAGGCGCUGUCACCGUUUGGGGUCUCUUUAAAAUCUUUCAGCUGCUGCAUGUUCUCAGUAUUCUCUUGCGCCCCGUUUUUUGCUCUCCAUGAGUUUAAAGGGUAAUCCUGACGUGGACCCAGUGGCGUACAUACCAGGGUCGCAGGGGUCGCGGUUGCGACCGGGCCCGGCCCACCAGGGGGCCCGGCCGCCCCUGCGACCCGGUAUGUACACACAGGGCCAGCCUCUUCACCUGGGGGGCCCAGGAGCCGACCACCCCAGGGCCCCCCGAGGCUGGCCCUGCUGACACCAGUCAGGCGGGUGGCCGGUCGGGCAGGCGGGCGCGCGAGGGAGCACUUAGUUCUUCCUCUUCGGCUCCCUCGCGCACCGCACUGAUGCCGGAGCCGGAAGAUGACGUCAUCUUCCGGCGCCGGCAUCCCUACGCGGCGCGCGAGGGAGCUGAAGAGGAAGCACUGAGUGCUCCCUCGCGCGCCUGCCUGCCCGCCUGGCCACCCGCCCAGGACCCCAGCAGCACCACUGGACCCCAGGGAAUCCCCCCAGCACUCCAAAAGGUGAGUGUGUGAGAGUGAGUGUGUGUUUGUCAAUGAGUGUAUGUCUGUCGCUGAGUGUGUCUCUGUUAGCUAGUGUGUAUGCGUCUGUAAGUGAGUGUGUGUGUGUCUUCAGCGCCGGACUCCCUUGGCGCUGGGGAUCCCUCAGCCUCUCAGCUCGGAAUGAGACCGCACACGCAUUCAAACCGCCCAUAGGAAAGCAUUACUCAAUGCUUUCCUAUGGACGUUCAGUGUGCUCCUCUAGCGGCUGUCAGUGAGACAGCCACUAGAGGCUGGAUUAACCCUCAGUGAAACAUAGCAGUUUCUCUGAAACUGCUAUGUUUUCAGCCGCAGGGUUAAAACUAGAGGGACCUGACACCCAGACAACUUCAUUGAGCUGAUGUGAUCUGGGUGUCUGUAGUGGUCCUUUAAAGGACCACUAUAGUGCCAGGAAAACAUACUGGUUUUCCUGGCACUAUAGUGCCCUGAGGGUGCCCCCACCCUCAGGGACCCCCUCCCGCCCGGCUCUGGAAGGGGAAAAGGGGUAAAAACGUACCUUUUUCCAGUGCUGGGCGGGGAGCUCUCCUCCUUCUCUCCUCCUCCGUUCCUCCUCCUGGGCUGAAUGCGCACGCGCGGCAAGAGCUGCGCGCGCAUUCAGCCCGUCACAUAGGAAAGCAUUCAUAAUGCUUUCCUAUGGACGCUGGCGUGCUCUCACUGUGAAAAUCACAGUGAGAAGCACGCAAGCGCCUCUAGCGGCUGUCAAUGAGACAGCCGCUAGAGGAAAUAGGGGGAAGGCUUAACCCAUUCAUAAACAUAGCAGUUUCUCUGAAACUGCUAUGUUUAUGAAAAAAUGGGUUAACCCUAGCUGGACCUGGCACCCAGACCACUUCAUUAAGAUGAAGUGGUCUGGGUGCCUAGAGUGGUCCUUUAAGUGUGUGUGCAUCUGCAUGCACUGGCUUACACACCGCGGUCGCAGCCCUGUAACCCCUGCGACCAGGUGCCCACCGCCAUGUGUUGCGGCCUGGCCCGCGCGCUGGGGGGGCCCACGGAUCAAUUUUUGCACCGGGGCCCCAUGGGUCAUGUGUACGCCACUGCGUGGACCCCUUGCUUACUGAUGCCUAACAAGACUGAAACGAUCAUCUGGGGUUGCUGUGUCUCUCGUGCAGAGGGAACUUGCUGGCAUUUCGGUUCUGGACUGCCCGUAUGGGUGGGACUAGUCUGAUAUGUUUCAGAGGUGUUCGCUCUGUAAUGGCACUAGAUGAGCUAAAACCAGCUUGAGAACUGAGCGAGGACCCACCGAAGGGCAGGCUAUUUCAGCUGCUGCCUGUUCUCUGUAUUCUUUUGCGCCCUGUUUUUGCUCUUUAAAAUAUGCAUAGACCCAGAAUGUGACAGCAACAUUAAACCUCUUGAAACUCCUACCUCGCUGGAGUGGAUAAAGUAUUGCAUGUACUUUUGACAUGUGCCUCUAACAAGCAGUCUUGUCAUUUUAUGUCUUUUCAGACAGAGGAUACUCGAAUGCAAGAGAUCAUGAGGAUUGCACAUGAAUUCCUACAGAACUUCUGUGCUGGAAAUCAACAAAAUCAAACCCUUCUUCAUAAGCACAUAAACCUUUUCCUAACUCCAGGGGUGAGUAAAAAGGCUGGGGUGAACUUGGAUGUAGAUGCCUUAUGUGCUAGUAUUCAACUUUAAUAAACUCCAAAACACUUUGAAACUGAGCUCCAAAUGUCACUUGUAAUCUUAACGAUUUUUUUUCCUCCUUUUUAGAUUUUAGAGGCCGUGACCAUGCAACAUAUCUUCAUGAAUAAUUUCCAGUUGUGUAGCGAAAUUAAUGAAAGAGUUGUACAGCACUUUGCUCACUGCAUUGAGACUCACGGGCGCAGUGUACAGUACAUAAAGUUUCUGCAAACAAUAGUGAAGGCUGAAGGGCGCUUCAUCAAGAAGUGUCAGGAUAUAGUCAUGGCAGAGGUAUGAUGGAAUUGGUAGGAUUCUGUGGUUCCUUACACAACUCUUGAUUUGACCUUUCACCUUGUCACAAUGCCUAUAUCUGUGUGCAUUGAACUAAACUGUAGAACAGACAUGGUUUUGUGUAGACCUUAAGUGUAUUCCACUCUGACCUUCCACUCCAGGAAGAUAAACAGAAGAAACCAUUUUAUCUCCGGUAUAGAAUUCUAAAAUUCAGAAUUUCUAGACGUGGCAAGAAUAUAACAAGAGUUUAAUGUAGUUUUUAAAUUUUCUUCUGUGAUGAUCUCUAUCCUGGCUCUUACAUGUACUUUCUUACCCCGCAGCUGGUGAACUCUGGUGAGGAUGUUCUAGUCUUCUACAAUGACCGUGCAUCAUUCCAGACUCUGGUGCAGAUGAUGCGUUCUGAAAGGGAGCGAAUGGAUGAGAACAGCCCACUGAUGUACCACAUCCAUCUAGUGGAGCUUUUGGCAGUGUGCACUGAAGGCAAGAAUGUUUACACUGAGAUUAAGUGCAACUCUCUGCUCCCAUUGGAUGACAUUGUACGUGUAGUGACCCAUGAGGACUGUAUCCCGGAGGUGAGUUUACUGGCUCUGGCUACGGAUGGUACACUAGCAUAUCAAAGUGACUUCUGAGCCAUCAGAUCAUGAAGAGCAGACCCUUCAUUGCUUUGAGAAGUUUGACCUAUCCAUGGAUUGUCUCUAAUCCAGUUUUGUAGAAUAAUUUGUCUGGUUUGCCCUGUGAUCUUUGUGCUGCAGAGUGAAUAUAUAGCUUCUUUCUUUUCCUAGGUGAAGAUUGCCUACAUUAACUUUCUUAAUCAUUGCUAUGUGGACACAGAGGUGGAGAUGAAGGAGAUUUACACGAGUAAUCACAUGUGGAAAUUAUUUGAGAACUUCCUUGUGGAUAUUUGCAGGGUGAGUGGAUGAUGGAAUUUGGGAGAUUAUAUGGACUCUUACAGAGGUUUGAUAAAUUGUUUUGAUGUGAGAUGGCCUAACUUGCUGUAUUUUCUGUCCCUCAGGUGUGCAACAGUACAAGUGAUCGCAAACAUGCAGAUGUAAUCCUGGAGCGAUAUGUAACGGAGACUGUCAUGAGCAUUGUCACCACAUUCUUCAGCUCUCCAUUCUCUGAUCAGAGUACAACUCUUCAGGUCUGUACUGAAGAUCAAGCAUUUGUAGUCUGUAAAUGGCUUAAAUGGGGCAGAUGGAGCCUAUGGUCAUUCUGCAGUUUAUUUUUGUAUAGUGAAGAUCCCUUAGUAUCCCAAUGAGCAUGUUAUGGUACCAGGCUAUCCGUCUUCCAUAAUCCAAUUUACUUGGGCUUCAACCAUAUGUCCACCUACCCUGCUAACAGCAUGAGGGGAAAAGUUGCCACAUAGGAGCCCAGCCUCUUUCAUGAUUUCUAGAAUUGUUGUUCAGCAACCAUGCAUAUGCUUAUCUGGCUAGCUUUAUUAAUACAUGAAUGGAAUAGCUUGGUUUGUAGAAACUGGUUCUAUGAACGUGAAUGGCUUCAUUCCUCUUUCUUCAUGAAAGCUAGAACUUGUGACUCCAAACUACAUUUAGUAUGUACCGCUUGACAGACGGUUUUGCUCUGCCUUUCUAUAGAAAAUAAUAUGAAGGCUGCUUUUUUCGCAUUUAGAACCCUAGUCCUCUUUAAAAUGGUUUUGUUGUAGUUUUUGGUCCCUGUUUGCAGAGUUUAAUAAUGAAAUUGUUUUUACCACAGGGUUCAAUCAUUACUAUACUGAUACAGGUAAAACUGGGAGAUUAGGGCACUGGAUGUAUGUUUUAGGUUUCUGUUUCUUCUAAGUCACAGGUGGAAGGGUUGCAGCUGGGUUAAUCACACUUCCCUUAACACUUUUUUAUUUUUUAUUUUUAACCUUUGUUUUCUUUAAUUGGUCACAUUGGUAUUAAAUGAUUUGUAGCUGUUAGGAAUCACGGCUCUAGGACUCCAAAUUUAAAAAACAAAUGUGCUGGUCUGUCUCCCUAGACACGGCAGCCAGUGUUUGUGCAGCUCCUGCAAGCAGUGUUUAGGGUCUAUCACUGCAGCUGGCUCCUGCCUGCCCAGAAGGCAUCGGUUGAAAGCUGUAUCCGGGUGCUGUCAGAUGUGGGUAAGAAGGGCAGGGCAAGCACGAGGUAAUGAAUGUUUUGGGGAAGCAUGAUGACUUCAAAUGCUUGAGUGAGUCCAUUCUAAUGACAAUUGCUUUGGGUGUGUGUGUGUGUUUUUUUUUGUUUGUUUGUUUUUUGAGUAAAUGAUGGCUUCCUUAAGCAUAAAACUAUGAUUUUGUGAGUAACAUCGGUGAUUGGAUGGAUGGUAGAUUAUGGAUACCUGUGAAAUAUCAGGAUGUUAAUCUCAAGGUCUCCUUUCUAUUGCAGCAAAGAGCCGUGCUAUAGCCAUCCCAGUCGAUUUGGACAGUCAAGUGAACAAUUUAUUCUUGAAGAGCCACAAUAUUGUGCAGAAAACAGCCAUGAGUUGGCGUAUGUCUGUUCGAAAUGCUGUUCGCCGUGAUUCUGUGCUUACUGCGUCACGGGACUAUCGCAAUAUCAUUGAGCGACUACAGGUAGUGCUAGUGAAGAGUGACAAUUUGCAUCAUGGGGUGGCCAAUAGGUGGAUAUUCCCUUAAUGUGGAACUAGAACGCUUAAGUUGGUUUGUGUGUAAAAAAAAAAAAAAGUUUUCUUCAUUAUUUAUGGAACUGUGGGUGGUUGUUCAAACAGUCUUUCCUUCACCCGCAGGACAUAGUUUCUUCUCUUGAAGACCGUCUGCGUCCCUUGGUUCAAGCAGAGUUGUCUGUCCUGGUUGAUGUCCUACACAGACCGGAACUCUUGUUUCCUGAGAAUACAGAUGCCCGUCGGAAGUGUGAGAGUGGCCAAUUCAUCUGCAAGUGAGGAAUUUCUCCCUGUGGUACGGUACAGAAUCGAAUUGUAUUGUCAUGAUCUAUCUGAACAUGCAUUUUUGCCAUUUUUUUUUACAGGUUGAUCCGACACACAAAGCACCUUUUGGAAGAGAAUGAAGAGAAGCUUUGCAUUAAGGUUCUACAGACUCUUAGAGAGAUGAUGGCGAAGGAUAGGGGCUUUGGAGACAAGGUAAUGAUUUGGACAAAUAAUUGAUUCAUUGUACCGUUUAAGGGAAUGUAUGUCAUGAAAAAUGAUCCAAGGAAAGGGAUCGUUGCUACAAUGUUUGGUCUGUGGCAAACUUUGGCAUUGCCAUAUCUAGAACGGCAUAAAUCCUACAUUGGCAUCAACACACAAUAUUUCAAAUGUUACAUGUAAUGUAUUCUUGCAUUAAGAGUACAGUCUAAACAGUGCCAGUUUUGAUUGCUUCCUUUAGUGUUUACAUACAUUGGGCUGGAAACAAUCCAUAUUUUGCUCGGGACGAUUCCAGAACUUGAGGUACUCUGGACGGCACCUCCAUCAUUCUCAGCCAGUGUGUAAAAGAUGGAAAUUACCCCACUGCAUUUCUAUAAGGGAAUCUUUGUGCCCUGCAGUGGCAGUUGUGAUGCCAAAUUAACAGGGGACUAAAAUAGCUGUGCCCUUUUCAUAGUACAUAACUAUAGAACUUCUCUAUUUUACUGUAAAGUGAGACAUCUGAAAGCUCAAAAUACAUCUAAACAGCAUGUAGCGGAGAGCUGGUCUUUCACGGGUUAUCUCCACUAAAGAUCCCAGUGAAGCUCAGGAACAAGUAAUAAAAUUCCAUAUAGCAAUAGUCACAGCAAGCAAGGUAAUCCAUAAAUAUCCCAAUACGGAUCCCAAUGACUGGACGACACACCGCAUCAGGAGCAGAACUAAACUUUUAUUCACAACAACCUUCUUUUAAAGCUUUCACCCAUGCAAGGGAGGGAUUCACAUUAAUUAGUACAAUAUCCAAUAGUGUAACUGUUACCUCCCACACAUCUCCUCCCCUUAUGUGACACCUAAUCCACUUAUACAUACUGCAGUUUUACCCGAUUUCUGGAUGUAACCCAAAACAGUCAGAAUUAUAUAAUGGGUACCCCUGAUCUGGGUGACUAACAUAUUCAAAGUUUACCCAGACCGGACCACACGAGGUAGUAUCCGAAAAAGGUUCCAUGUGUUUUGGCCUUGCGGUCGGUCUAUGUUCGGAAGAUAAAAUGCAUAGAAAUACUUGCCAUCCAAAGUUAGAUCUGUAUUCGUAUUGAUUCCCUUGUUCGGGACACUUAUUUUACCGAACAAGGGGCUGAUUGGCCCCUCCGUUCGGGAGUGAUGGAGCUCUGGAGGUCUCAGCGGUGUUCGGGUAAUUGAGUGUCCGAUUUGAGUUCCAGACACUAGACGACCACACACAGCUGAGAUUUUCUUGCGUAUAUCAAAUGGCGACCACCCAGAUAUAUACAAAGUAACGAUUGCAUGGUCAAUUAGUUUGCGGUUAGAGUGUGAAAAGCUGAACGAGAUACACUUCUCUCUGGGGUGGUCUCAUGGUUCGGUAUUUUCCUUCGUAUGGAACACGGAAUGAAAACUACCGAGCAAUCAGACGAAGGCUACAUACAAUACAGCUGUACAUGGGAAUAAUUACACGAAAUGCAUUUUUAAAACUAACUUUUGAGGACAGCCCAAUGCCAUCCGCUACACAGCACAUGUCCUGGUAAACUCUGUGCCAUCCACAUUUAAGUUGUGUAUUUUUAUAGCUGCUGACAUCCAAUUUAAAGGUUUGCCACAAGGUGGCAGGGCCAUCUCAUUCUUCUUGUUGGUGUGGUUGCCAUGAAUUAUGACUGAUAUCUAAAGAAGUUUGCACUCCUGCACAGUUUUUAAUCCAUAUUCCAAAUUGUAUGACUAUUCACAAUAAAACGGUUCCACUGUUUAGAAUAGGGAGACAAAACCUCCUAAUUGCCUUUAGACUGAAGCUGUAGAAGACUUUUUUUUUUUUAUUGGUCUAUGUGGGUAACCACAUUUCUGACUAAAGGAGGAUCUUGGGAAUUUUAGUUCUUUUGUUAGUGAUACUAUAUCAUGCUCCUCUAUAGUGAAAGAUGUAUUUCAGGGAUUGGAAUGUACCAUUUAAUAUUCCCCUAGAUGUAGUGCAAUGCCCGGUCUAAUACCUAAUACCUGCUUUCUGAUCUCUUACAGCUGGUAGCUCUUGAUCCACUGGAAAACACAGAGGUUUUGACCUGUUUGUAACUUUGUAAUUCCUAACCCAAGCCCAUCCCUGCUGUUUUUUGGUUUUUUUUUCUUUGGAUUUUAAUUUGUAGUUUGAGAUGCCGAAUGUGUGUUGCUCAAAAUGGAAGCGUUUGCAACUUCCUGAAUAGUCUUCUCUGGCAAUGAAAAGGCUAUAAUCUGUCACACAUUUUGUAGUGCGGCUAACUGCGCAUCUCUUCAUGUCUAGUGACUUGUGUCUGUCUUGUCCAGUAUGUGCAGUGUUUUGUGGUCUGUAAUACUAGUUUGUGUGUGGUGGAUGUAGAUGUCAUAUGUGUUAAUUUACUGGAACACAUUAUGCAACCUUAUCAUCCAAAGACAAAUUAGACUUGUAGAGCUUUAUAAACCUGCAUCUUUUAGUUUACGGAGUUGGUUGUAUCUCAAGGUAACUAAUCUUACCAUGGUUCUGUAACUAAGGACGUUCCAUGACCCAAAUGUGAAAAAAAUGCAUCUUUCUAGGUAAAACAGUUUAGAAUUGAAGGGGGAAAUCCUAGAAGACUGUCUAGUUUAGUGGACUCAUGAUGGAAUUCCCUACUUUUUUUUUUUUUUUCAGAGUUCUUUGCAAGAGAUGGAAAAUAUUACAUCACAGCAACAUAGGUUUCAACAUAGGCUGUGUGUGUGUGUGUGUGUGUGUGUGUGUGUGUGUGUGUGUGUACAGAAUAGCUUGCAUUUUUACAAUGCAAUAAUGUGCCUUCUAAAUCCUUUUUAUAAUUGAGAACUUGGAUCACUUAAUCACUAUGAUAAUUCUGAGGAAUUCAAGUUUAAGGCCAAAAUAGCCAGACUGGAAGCAUCUUCUUUGUCCGCUACGCUUCCAGUUGGGAUAUUUUGGGGUGACCACUUAAUUUCAAUAAAGGGGUUUGGAUACAGUGGUCAUUGCAGUUUUGUAUAAACUGCAGAAUUUACUUUACAAUGUUAAAUCUACCUCUAGCGACUGUUCCUGGCAGCCCCUAGAAAAACCUCUGCUGCUCUGACAGCUCAUAGAGCAUUAAAUUUAUGUACGGUGCAUGCGCAUCAGAUUCUAAUCUAGCUCGAGAGCCAAAAGAUGAUGCUCGAAGUAGAGGCUUGGGAGGGAGUCUCAUGCUAGAGUUAAGGUAAGUUUAAAAAAAAAAAAAAAAACACUAUUUCUUUUUUUUUCUUUUUUAAAUACUCGAAACGGGGAUGACCUAAAACAUGCCUGCAAAGAGGGCUGCAUAGUGUUAGGAAUUUAAGUGUCAUUUUAGCACAAGUAGUAGAUCAUUUUCUGUGUUGGUGUUAUUUCCAUAGAAGUUAGAAGCCACUGUAAGGCCCCUAAAACACAGAGCUGCCCUUGAUUUUUAAGACCUUUAACGGUUACUGGCAAAGAUCACAAGUUUGCCUAGCUGCUCUGUUGGCACACUUAAAUUAUUCAGUACCCUUUAUUUUAAGUGUAAUUACUUUGCUGUCAGAUAACCUCUUGAACCUCUAUUCAACCAUAUUGUAAAGUGUCCUGAAUUAAUAUUAAUAGAACACUGUCUAGUGUUCAAUAGAAUUUAUAAUUGAGAAUGUUAUGAUCUUAACACUGCAUUGAUCACCUUGAUGUAUUAAAUCUCCUGCCUUAUAGUUAAACAAUAAAAUAUUCUUUCUCAUUUAUGAAUAGACACUGUUGUAUGUGAUACUGAUGGCUUUAGAUUUUAGACAAAGUAGACUUCUCUGAAAUUUAGUAUUUUGGCCUUUAUAUGUUGUCUCUACCAAAUCUUUAAGCUCUUGACCUUUGAGAUAGAGAGAGAGAUAGAGAGAGAGAUAGAGAGAGAUAUAAUUUUUUUUUUUUUUUUGUGGGGGGUUGAUUCUAUAGAUCUAUAAUAAAGUUCUCUUUGGGAAGAUGUUCUUCCCUAGCUUGAAGUCCUGUGGUCCUCUCUCUGCAGCCUAAGCAUAGAUCGGGUGACAUGAAGGUUUAGCUGGCACAUGCAAAAUUCAGUCCUGCUUGGUAUCUCGCUGGAGGAAUCUAAAUCCUAUCUUACGUGUGUGCGUGAUAUGGUUGGACUGUGCAGUGUCACUUGCCAACAGAAAGCUCUCCUGUCUGUUUUUAGACCUGUGGAGGAGUGAAGUGUCAGGACAGGUGGAAAUAAAUAUAGGAUGGAAUUUGGGCUAGUUUUGAGUGGGAUAUUAAAUGGCACAUGCAAAUGCUAAAGAGAAUAGUAAAAAUAUAAUAUAUAAUGUUCAAAAUCGUAUUGGAUUUAUUAGACUCUACACUACCUCUCCUGCCAGGUAACAAAGUAUCAAGGUUUUUGCGGUGUUUUUCUUCCCAACCCCGCCCCCAAAUGUCCUAAAGUAGAUUCUGCAGAUUAUAUUUAUGCAUUUUCAAGUAAUGUUUACACUUGGAGGGUCUGUCAUUAAUGAAAUGGACCAUAAUCUCAGUUUUUGGCAAUUUUAUAGUCUUUAUACAGACAGAACUAAUACUGAGCUGACCUUUGUUUCUAAUCUGGAUGGUGCGCGGUUAGUUGUGAGAUGUGCCUGUCCUUGGCAUAUGAUUGAGUGCUGUGUUUUGAUGGAUUUUGUGCACUGUGACAGUGUAUACCCGGUCUGCUUACAGAGUGCAAUUACCAUACUGAUAGUUUAAAAUUAUACCCUCAUCCACCCAGUGGUAUUAACUGCGUAGACAAAAGCCAACAUAUUGGUGAUAAACAGGUUAAUUCAAUAAAGUUAGAAAUUUUGCAUUUUAGGCUUGAAUAGCUAACUUGAGCCAAUUCUUCAAAUCACACGUUCAGUUAGUUUAGUUUUUUGGCCAUAUACUUGAAGAAAAAUUUUUAUAUAUUUUUAAGUCACUGUGAAUUCAAACCCAUUUGCUAUAACUCACAAUGUUGCCUUUUUAGGACUAGUCUUAAAAAAUAUUUGUCCUGCUGGAUCAAAUGUUGACUGGUGCAAUAGGGUGCCCUCUGCCUCUCCAAAGCACAAACUGCAUAAGGUCAACAGGCCCCAUGCAAAAAGAGUGAUUAGUAUCUGGUACAGAUUUCAUAGGUGACUUGCUAUAAGGAGGUUUUAUUGAUGAGCAUAACUAUUUUAGUCCGGUAGUCAUCCAGUAGUGUCUGCAAAUCAUCUUCCAAUUUGUUCAUACAAACUGGGGGAAGAUCUGUUUUGUCAACGAUCGAUAUUGAAAAUGCAUCAGAUUUGGGGUUGCUCUCCUUAACCAUAUGAUUCAAACGUUGUAAGCUCUUAUGUGAAACUUCUUCUCUGAGGGAUAUUACGUAGGUAAUGUAAGAUCUGUGUGUGGGCUAGUGUGGAGAAAUAUAUGCGUUGUCGGAGUUAUCACAUAUUGUGAAUCCCACCACACCUUUCCUUCUCUAGGAAAAGACAUCCCAUGUAAAUGGGUGUUUGAAUGGUCCAUGUAUACACAUGGGAAACUAUGGUUUAUUACAUAAAAGUAACACUGUGCCUGGAGCUGUGGUCAGAAGGUAUCUGGGGCCCCAUCUGUGCCAGAGUAAGUGUCUCCUGAACUUAGGGAUCAGGAUGGGCUAAACUUCUUCCGCAUUUAACGCAGAGUCAUGGAACAGUCUCCAGAUCAAUCAAAAUGCUUGUCCUCUCAAAUGAAAUCCAUAGUUUUUCCCCUGUGGCUCCACUGAAGAACCAUUGGCUCCACUAGGAAAGGUGUGCUGCCACAUAGUAUUUCCCUAAAUCGGGUAAAUCAAAUUCUCCGCAACACAAAUUGUGGGUAAGCCAGACUGGAAUGUUUGUCCCCUUCUGACUGCCCUCCUGAGCUGUUUGAAGUUGGACCUGAAGGGUUUGAUUGGUAUCGUUUGAAAUAGAGUACGAGUGGGAGCACUGACGUUUUAAGUUAUGAAAUGCAUUAAAAGUCCUAUUUGUGCAGAUUCUACUGAGGAGGAUGGUGUUACAUUUCUGAAAUGGCAUGGAGAGGUCACGGGUGAGCCAAAUCUCCUAGUUUAAGUGGGUCAGACAGCAAUGGAAUGGAUGAGUUCUUUCCACCCUCUCUCCAUCAGAGCUCUUGACAUUAAAGGAACACUAUAGACACCCAGACCACGUCAAGUCAUUGAAGUGGUCUGGGAGAACUGUCCCAGGUCUCUUAAUGCUGCAAAGCAAAGGUUGGCUCCAUAGCAUUAGAAAUCGUUCAGGAGUUCCCUCAGUGUGCAUUGGGUCCAUAAUAACAAAAAUAGAUCGUUGGCAUUAGAGAUCACUUUGAGACACCUCUCCAACCCUUAAUCCAUGUGCUGCCUCAUCGCGAAUUCAACAAGGAAAUGGCUCUAACAGAGUUGGUAGGAACGGUGUAAUAUGUUAAGCUUCGAUCGAAGAUUCUAGCUACAACUAUAGGCACCCAGACCAGCUUAAUGAAGUGGUCUGGGUGUCAGGUCAAUCUAGGGUUAACCCUGCCUGCUGUAAACAUAGCAGUUUACCGAAAUUUCAGCUGACUGAGAUAGAUGUGUUUGAAGAACCAGAGAUUGCGCUUGCCUGAUCAGUGGUGGCCUGAGGUAUUACGUACCCCCAUGGGAUUAUACAACGGUUUCUUUAGUUGGCGUAGGAGUCUUGUCAGUAGCCUACUGCAUUAGUUUACUUUUACACAGAGCAGAUAUUUUAUAUGGACUUUAUGUGCAUUUGAUUCAGAUGUUCAUGAAGUGUCCACGUAAUAGCAAUUUGUGGGCUUCCCAUACGGAGGAUUUAGAGGCUUCUGAUGUAAGAUUGUGUCAGUCUUUUAUGGCAGCCCGUAUCUCGUCAACUAUUGAAGAUUUUGAAAGCUUUAACUCAUUCGCGCGCCAUGUGCACUGAGGCCUAAAGAGUGAUGAUGCAAUGUUCUUAUAAAGAGGGCUGUGCUCAGACUGUGCCAUCGAGAGUAUAUCAGAGCAACUGAGUAAGGGAAGAGAAUGGUAAUGCAAGAAGUGGUCUAUAGUACCACUAGAGUAGGAUGGGAAUUGUUUUGGCUCUGGGAGCCCCCAUUAGACUCUUAUUGGGUAGAGAUUGGGGGAGGGGGAGAGAGUAGACUAUGAGUAGGUAAGAUAAAGUGGAAGAGAAAUGAAAGUCAUAAUGUAUAAAUGGAGAACUAUCAAAUACAAUCCCAUGGGACCAGCGCCAGGGAAUAACCAGUAGGAAAAUGUAUCUCUAAUCGGAGCAAUGUCCACAUCGCAGGGGACUCAAUGUCUCCUGAAAGUAUUGUUGGCGAGGCAGACUUAGAAGAAAGACACAAUGUGCAAUGCAUUAAUAUCUUGCCUUAUGAUCACUAAAGUGUAUAUACAAAUUACAAGUAUGGCAAAAGUAGAGCAUCAAAACAAAUGACUAAGCAAUAAUACAUAGAAGGCAUAAAAUUAUUUGUAUAGUAGUGUGUCAUUCUAAUCACGAACCUCCAAAGAGGUAUCAAAAUAGAGAAGCUUUGCAGAAGAGGCAUCCAGUGUAAAUCAGUCGGUCUCAGAUCAAACAGAAUGCCUCUAUCACAGGUUAGGAAAGCCAACUCUGGUGGUGCAGAUCCCAUGAAACAGACUAUCCAGCACACUUAUAACGUGGAUAAGGACUCGUGGGAAGAAAUGGAAAAACACCCUCUCCCCAGCCUCUUUCCUCAUCCUAUCUCACCACACCCACCAACACUGACUACCAGAUUAUAUAUAGAUUACAUGUAUGAUCACAUCCACUCUAGUACACCAACUUGUGACUCCCAUUCAAUAAUACAUAACCGGUAUAAAAUGGUUUGUACAUUAGUAUCUUGUCAAUUACGGAGUAGCUCCCCGGAGGUGUCUGCAUGCUUACAGCAGGGGUCCUUCUAACCAUCUCUGGUGGCGCUGAUUCCUUAAAACGGGUGACUCAAAACAUUAGGUGUGAAGGAUUCCCCCUUCCUCCCCACCCCCUAAGUGCAACCACAUUCAAAAUAAGCUCCAUAAAAUGUCUUGCUCCUCCCAAACAGUCUGUCAAAUCUCCCUUUUCCUGCAGAGAAUGUGUUCCUUCUGGAGAACAUGGCUUAGGUAAGCUUAUGUGACAAGCGGACAAUAGUUGUGUAACUGAAGAUGCCGCUGAUGGUGGGAUUUCAACUUAGAAGAGAAUGUACUUAAUGAGAGGUAGGAGCAGGAGUUUAGCAGCCUGUUCUCAAGGGAAAUUAGAGCAAACAUGUGAGUACCUCACUCUUAAGGUAGGUUCCCCAAGAUCCUGGGAUUACUGCUGAGGUGGUCUAGGAGGCAGGGAAAUGGGCACAUUCAGCUGGUGAAGGAACCGUGGAUAGUCUAUCUUGCUGAUGGCUCACUGGUGGCCCAGAUGUUUGGGGGCUACAGUUCCUUUGCUCGGCCAGAGUGUCCAAACUUCUGGGGUGCUAAGGUUAGGCAUCACUUUAAGGUUUACUUUGUAUGACUGUCAGCACUAAAUGCAGGAUAUUUUCUUGCUUGUUUGCCGACAAGGUCAGCACUAAUCAUUAAAGAACUAAUCACUUAUAUGGGGUUAUAAUUUUUCACUAGAGGGUGAGUGAGUCUGCAGUAUGAACACUCUGGCAAAAAGAUUAAAAGGAAAACUUUCUUUUUUUUAAACUGUAUAGUUGAAGCAUAAGAAUAGAAAUUGGAAUAUAGUCUUUGCCGAGUUAAAUGUACUUUUGUGUUUAAACCUGAAUCUCUUGUACAAUAGCUGCCUCCUUGCCAUGUGCUGGCACUGCCCAUCAGGGGACAAGCAGUUGCUGUGUGGCUGCCCUAAUUGCCUUCUUGGGAAUUUUUUUUUUCCAUGCGUGAUGCUCUGACCUUCACUAAUUGACAAAACCACAUCAGUUUUGAGGCCAACCAGUUAUUGGUGGAAAUGGCCAAUCAAGCAGUUUGUCUUGGUGCCACAUCAUCCAAAUAUUUUAAGGGCUUUUCCCUGAACAUGCCUUGUGAGGAACAUGCCCAGGUCCACCUCAUUGAUAUAAUCUUUUUGGAAAGUAUGUAUCUACUCAUAAAAUUGCAAAAUUCUCUAUUGGUGAUCCUUUUUAUUUUUAAUGUGAUUGCUUGGGGCUACUUCGAUGGACAGAGACGGAAUAUCUGCAGACAGUGCCCACGUGUGUCUGAGACUGUAAACAAACUUGUCUCAUCUGCGUGUAACACUCUGCCCAGUAAUGUGACCAUUUGUAGGUGGCCCGAUGUUGCAUUGAGUCUCAGACCUCUGCUCUACAGGGACUUUCCUGUUGAAUCACUGAUCUUGUGUGGGUGGAAGCAUGAAUAACCCUUUAAAGUAACCAGAUGCAUCUUUUCUGUACAGAACCCUUUACGUGCUCCCUCUACAUGUGCUUCUGUCCUAGAAAAUUGUAGGCUGUGUUCUCACUUCUAAUUACUUCUUGCUUCUCUGCCCCAAUGCUGCUGGCUGCAGAUGCCGAAUGUGCAGGGGUCAGCAGAGGUGUGUAACUUCCCCCUUGGUGUGCUUUGUGAUUUACCAUUCAUACAGUAAUUUUUAUGGCUUUGUCUACAUUCACUCUUACAUGGCGAACAGUGUUUCUUCGCUUAUCAAGCACCCUGCAUGUUGCCUUGUUUGUCAAAAUUCCUAGUUUUUCAACACACUGCCUGCCCAGCCCUUGAGAUCCGGGAAUCUGUGUGUAAAAGAAAAUGGGGAAAACUCCAAAUGAGUAAAAACUGACUAGCUGUGAUACAAACUGGCCCUUGCUUAGAAUUCUCAAUGUUUAAAUAUAUAUUGAAACAAUUUUCUAAAAAUUAAAUGUUGGGUUGUAGUUUGCUAUUGCUUUCAAAAUAAAUCCACACAGAUUUGAAGAUCCCUUGUGUGCUGGACCAUGAGGCAAUAGCAGUGUGGCCAUUCUGUCCUAGUUCCCACGAGUUAUCCCUGUAAACAUGAUUCCGGAGGGUUUGUUCAUUUUAUAUAUUUGGUCUCUGCAUGAUCACAGGAGCUUGGCCAGGUCCAACCUCAAAGGCAGCUGGAGGAUAUCAAAAGGGUAAGUAUGAGUGUCUACUGUGAUGUUUUUGAACACCUCAAAUUGCCUGGUGUGACCUACACAACCUGCCUGCCAGUGUGGGUGUUUUUGUUUGUGUGUUAUUUUAAAUUGGUCUUUACUUGGUGUUUAACUUUAGUGUGUGGCUUGUCUUUGCUUUGUGGUGGCAGGUUGCAUUGCCCUGCCUGUGGUUCAUGGGACCUUCAUAGCCUCAGUGUUGUCUGUGUUCGAUCCAAUUGGAUAAAGUAUCUUUAAUAUCCCUUGAAUUAGUGUGGCAGCUAGGGACAGGCUUGGGUAAUGGGUAUAUGAUAUGGAUGAUACAUUCAUGGGCACAGUUGACAGCUGUGCCCAUCACACAGCCUCUGUUCACAGCUUACAAAACUUUGUGUUUUGGUCUCUGUAGGGGGAAGCCCUAAGGAUCAUUCUCGUCAAUCGUUACUACGGGAACACUCGUCCAGCUACAAGACGAGAGAGCCUAACAACUUUUGGAAAUGGCCCUAUACCUGGAGGUGGUGUUGGAAAGUCAGGUGAGUUGUGUUUAGUUUUUUUUCAACUUUUAUAGUUGUGCAUAAACUUAUGUCUGUCUUGGUUUUUUUUAUUCUUACUUUUUGCUUUCACCAUAUAGGAGGAGGGACCAGUCCAGGAACCCUAAGUCGGGGUGAAAUGAGCCUGUCUGAUGUUCAGUGUCACCUUGAUAAAGAAGGGGCAUCAGACCUAGUGAUUGAUCUGAUUAUGAAUGCAACCAGUGACCGUGUGUUUCAUGAGAGCAUCCUGUUGGCAAUAGCUUUGCUAGAGGGAGGAAACACUACUAUCCAGGUGAGAGCAUGAUGGGGGUGCUGUUCUAAACGCAAUCAGGACAGAGUACUCUAGGAGAGAAUGGUUUGGGGCAACAAAUUCUGUCCAAAUGGGAAUAUGGUUUUUGUUUUUGGUUUAUCGUACAUAGUUCAGAUAUCGAUGUAUGUACCUUCCUUUAACAACAAGCUAGGUGUCUUAAAUUAUGUGAAAUAUGUUCCCUUCACUUUCCUCAUCUCCAUAAAUAUCAUUGCAUCCCACACUUUUUCUCUCUGGAUUUUUCACCCUUAUUCCUUUCUGAAUUUUUUUUUUUCAUCAUUUGUUCCUUGUCUUGUACUUUUGUAUCCUAUGUAUUUCCUCUCCUUUCCACGCUUCUCCAUGUCCCUUCCUGAUACUAGCUACCCCACCAACUCUGCUUGUCCUUAUGUCCACGUUGCCUUGUUCCUCCAUGUAAGGAGGGAAACCCUUAAGCAAUCCUGCAUUACACAUUUGUAGUAACAGUGGCUGUUGGUAGGCAGCAGGGAUGUGUUCCAUCCAUUCCACUUCACUUUUACUAAUUAAAGAUACUUUUGAUCGAAGUACAAUCUAGAAAUGGACCUUACACCUCAUUAGCUUUGCCUUAUUAUUACAGGAUCUAUUCUCCCCCCAGCCAGAAGAAAAUAAAAACCCAUGGCUCAUAGCUCCCAAAGCCAAGCUAUUAUUCUGACAUGUCUCUAACGUCAUUUAUGCAGAACGAACAUGUUCCAGAGCUUUACGGUUUAACAAAUUGCAUCAUUGGCAAAUAAGAGAGACUAUUACUUGGUGACGUGACUAAUCAGGGCCUUGCUCAAAAACAAUCUUCCUUUAGGGGACCACGUUAUUUUUACAUGGCAAGAUUAGAAAAGUUAAAAUAUACUUUUACUUAUAUUGGAUGUGGCCCAUAUUUCCUAUAUUGAAGCAGCAUGGGAUUUACUGCAUGAACGGAGUUCUAUCCCGAUCUAAUAAACAAGAUCAGAAUAUGUAGUGAUGGACAUCAGCGACAGGAACCUCAUGAGUUAAAACCGCGUUCUAAAUACCUCCACUCCGUGGUUGUUUAGAGAGUUUAACCAUUACGCCCAGGGACUGACAGCUACCACUGUCCUGCUGUUCUUAUGGGGCCUGUACAGUCUAGCUUAGGAAAUUGAAUGCAUAGUGUAUCCACAUUGCAAGCACAAGCAGAGGUUAUGUAAGGUCUAUUUAUAUCAGCUGGCUGCAGGCAGGAGAUUUAAUGAGUUGCUGGCCUCAUUCCCCUGUGCCACGCUGCUUUGAGUGCGUCAGUGCCACAGUGAGCGAAACGAGGCAGUUGCCAUGGCUACUAUAUCCCUAGAGAUCUUCAAAAGCUUUCUCCCCACUCUUUCAAUAUUGUUUACCAAAUACUGUUUCAAGACACUUAUUUCUCUGUUAAUGGCAGUCUUUAUUUUGUGUCUCUUAAUACUCAAAGUCCUGUGUGUUCUUACCAGACAGCAAAUAAAGAAGUUUGACUUCUUCUGAUAAUUUAGACCUCAGUCUGACCAGUCAUUCAGGAAGAGAUGGGUUUUGUUUUGUGGGUUUUUUCUCCCCGUCCGACACGUUGCUGCUGCUAGCAGAGCAGAGAAUGAGCUCACUAAAAGAAGCUCUUUUCCUUAAUAUAGUUUCCAGUAGUGACUCUUAUUGUAAAUACAGCUACUUGACUAUUUUGGCUCGGACUAUAAUUCUGGCACUUUUUAUUGGUUAUGUUUUUAUUAUGAAUAUUUUAUUUUAGAUUUCAAGUGAGUUUACACCUGUCAUAUGUUUAUAUUGUAAACAAGUAGGGCUAUUCAUCAAACCAAUAAUCAUGGAGAACUGACCAAUUUGGAAAGAUUCUACUACCUGUUUUCAGAUUGCAUGUUUUUGCUGAAAAUUUAAACUUUCCUUUUGCCAGUUCUCCAAAUUACAUUUUCAGAGAAUAAGAUUGUCCUGGCCUGUAAAUCACGGACCUCCAUUUAAAUAGAAUUUACAGACACUCUCCAAGAUCAGAAAGAAGUUGCCGACUAUGGAUGGUUUCUUUUUAAUUUUAGUUCAAGGAUCUCCUUCGAGACUUAAGAGGUUGCUUAUCUCACCUAGUACUAAAUCUUUGGGAGACUGGGUGCAUGUGAAAAUAAGGUAUCAUGGUGACACCCUCAGUUCUGCCUUGAGCACGUGCUCAAGAAAAAUGAGGAAAGGGAAGCUUUAGAACCAGCAGGUGUUAAAAAUUCCCAUUUCUCUUGUGUUUGGAAGCUCUGUAAAAUAAAGCUACAACAACUCUACACUCACCGUAAAGCACUUCAGCACUGUAGCUUUAGUGAUUUGGAGUAUUCUUUUAAAUGGAAGCAAAAUUCACACUCUUGAAGUGUUUCGGUUCAUAGACAUGCCGACCAGAUGCAAUCCUGGUGACAUUAUAUGGCACAACACCCAUACCAGUUAAGCUUGCUAUUGAACUUUCUUUAGCUGUAGUUGUCUAGGACUGGCAACCUCUGCAAUGAGAGGUAUAACUUGGCAUUCUUGUCUGGUCUUCCCUCUCAAGUCAUGUCUCUUUUGCAGCAUUCUUUCUUCUGCCGACUAACAGAAGACAAGAAGUCUGAGAAGUUCUUUAAGGUGUUUUUUGACCGAAUGAAGGUGGCCCAGCAAGAGAUCAAAGCAACAGUGACUGUAAAUACAAGUGACCUUGGGAGCAAAAAACGUGAUGAGGAGCAGUCUGAGAGAGAGACCCCACACCGCAAAUCAGGUGAGUCACGGUAUCUCCAGUUUAACUGCACCUGGAUCCAUCGUAACGAUUAACCUCUAUUAUGCUCAACUCUUGGUCUCCUCAUCUCACAAGGUCAGCAACUUGUUUACAAUCAUAUGCUUGUAGAGUACAACGUAACAAACAUAUUUGUAUUUUUCUCAGCCCGGGAGCCCAGCAUACAAAUUACAGAAGAGGCCAAAGAUCAGCUAUUAGAGGCAUCUGUUGCUACCAAGAAAGCUUUUAAUUCCUUUCGACGAGAGGCUGACCCUGAUGACCAUUUUGCAGCUGGGGAAGGGCCGGCAAAUGCAGAGAAAGGCAGGGACGAGCUUGAAAUGAGUGCAGUGAUUUCAAUAAUGCAGCCUAUACUUCGAUUUCUCCAGCUGUUGUGCGAGAAUCACAACAGAGACCUACAGGUGAUCGCUUAAGUGUGAAGGUUUUUGUCUCUUUACUGUAUAGCUUGUUGUGGCAAAGUGUAGAACUGCAGUACCAAUAAAGGAUCAUGGGUAGUUGCAGUUCUAUUCUGUAUUGUUUAUUGGUGAAAUUCUUAUAUCUUGCAGUAGACUAGGGCAACAUGAAAUUUGGAGGUUGCAGGGUGAUGCACCUUACAUCAAUGUGGAUAAGGAAUGUAAUGAUGGGGUAUCUUACAUGGCAAUGUGUUUCUCCAAAUUUAUUCAAUUAUUUUUCCCUUCAGAACUUCCUACGCUGUCAGAACAAUAAAACCAACUAUAACUUGGUGUGUGAAACCUUGCAAUUUUUGGAUUGCAUUUGUGGCAGUACAACUGGUGGACUGGGGCUGCUUGGACUCUACAUCAACGAAAAGAACGUGGCUCUCAUAAAUCAAACUCUUGAAAGCUUGACGGAGUACUGCCAAGGGCCGUGCCAUGAAAAUCAGGUGUGAGGCUACGGGACGCAUGCAGUUUACAGCUGUGCUAUUUAUACAAAUACAUGGGUUUAUGUACAGGUUUGGCUUUGACAAGUUCUUGUAGCACUUCACUCUGUGCAAAUCUAUUGUAUAACAGGGCUGAGCAGGGAGGGUGCACGUGUAGUUUCCUGGAACGCUCUGUCUAGUAGUGUUAUGUAACUUGCUGCUCUACUUGCUGGGACAGGCCAGAGGCUUCUACACGGUACAUGCUGUGCUUAGAAAGAUAGGCCACAAUAGAAGUGCAGUAAACUUGGUGUGAGUGUGGUGUUUAGGAAUGGUUCUGGAGUAAUCAAUGCAGGUAAAAGUGCAAUGAUUCUUAAACCUGCUGCAGCCUCACUAUAUGUAGUUUGAUGCUUAAAAGCAUCAUUAAGGAUUACUGCGCAGCUUAGAAUUUGAGCUUAUUCACCAAAUCAGGAAAUAAGAAUUGCAUAUUUUCUUGAAUACCAAAAUGAGAAGUCUCACUCUAUGGAUAUGUGGGGGAGGGGACCAGGACAAUUCACAUGUUGUUGGUUCUCGACUGUUGCCAGUUUCUAAAUAAAAAAUAAAGGAUCUGUAUAGAUAUUCAAUGAUCCCUUUUUAGUUAAUGUAUUGGACAGUGGUGGGCACAGCUGUCUAUGAGAAGGCUGAUAUAAGUGCUCAAUAUCUAGAAUUGGCAGCAAAUCACCAACAAGGGGUUCUCUCCACCCUUGUGAAGUGGAUAGUAAAGAAAACAGACAGGUGAUCAGCGCUAAAGAUUAUAUAUACAUACAAUACAGAUGGUGUUCUUAGUAUAUGAAUCUAUAAGUACAAAACAAACAGCUUAUGGUGGUGUACAGUAGAUGUUUGUGAAGGAUGUACAAAUGGGCAAAAGUGCACACUCACACUUUUUAGAGAUGCCUCAGCUCUAUUAUGAAGGCCUGGAUGGCAUAAUCCCAUUUAUGGAUAUAAGUGGAGGGUCUUUGGAGCUUGUUUUCAGGAUGGAGUAGAUAUGUGAAAAAAGCAAAAUAGGAAAUUCAGUGGUAUAGUAUAUACAAACAAUUGGUAUUGCCGGAGGAAAAUAUCCUCCUUGCGUCACCCAGAGCAAUGUCCUGCUCUAGCAUGAACUUGAGGUGGAACAAUCCCCACCUAGGGAUAUAUGCUGGAACCGGAAGGAUGAUGGCUCUAUGAAGGAUGUAUUCCACAGGUGAUGAUGAAUAAAAUAGUAGGUUUAUUAACUAAAAAGCUGGAAACUGCUAUACAAGUAAAAACAAACCGUGUAUAAAGUAAUAAAAUGUGAGCAGGACAUUGCCUUGCUGCAGAGGGAUUUGGAUAGAUUGGGGGACUGGGCACUAAAAUGGCAGAUGAAAUUUAACGUAGAGAAAUGCAAAGUUAUGCACUUAGGGGUUAAGAAUGCACAAGCAAUUUACACCCUAAAUGGUAGUGAACUAGGCAUAACCACACACGAGAAGGAUUUGGGACUUGUUAUAGACAACAAAUUAGGCAGCAAUAUGCAAUGCAUUUCUUCCAUCAAUACCAAUUGUUUGUAUAUACCAUACCAUUGGAUUUCCUAUUUUGCUUUUUUCACAUAUACCCUUCGGUUAUAUCCAUAGAUGGGGAUUAUUCAGUCCGGGCCUUCAUAAUAGAGAUGAGAGCUCUAAAAAGUGUGUGCGCACUUUUGUACACACUUCACAAACUUCUAAUGUACUGCACCAUAAUCUUUCUUGCUUUGUACUUAUAGAGUCAUAUACUAAGAGCACCAUCUGUAUUGUAUGUAUAUAUAAUCUUAAGCGCUGAUCACCUCCUGUCUGUUAUCGUUACUGUACAGCUGUCUAUGAAGUAUGAAUGAGAUGGAGUCAACUUGCAUUAUAGGUAUUCUUUACCAUUUAAUCUGUGUUCACAUCAGUAGCAACUCUUGUGUAGUUUAUAAAGCUUAUGGGAGGUUGGGCUUAAAGUAUAUCUGGGCUGUUCUGCUAAAACCUGUUCUCCCCACAGAAUUGCAUUGCGACCCAUGAAUCAAAUGGAAUAGACAUAAUCACAGCAUUGAUACUAAAUGACAUAAACCCACUGGGACGGAAGCGAAUGGACCUAGUGCUGGAGUUAAAGGUGGGAUUAUGGCAACACCAUUACUUCUCAGUCACGCACUAAACAAAAUAUUAACCCACGUUCACGAUUUUCAGAGAUUCUGACUAGAUCAGGUUUACGGGUAGUGUAUAUUGUUUCACGGGAGAAGUGUUUGAUAAAUCCAUGGUGGAACUAUUGCUAGAAUACCAUUGUAAAGGCACUUAAGUGAGGAAAGACACCAACCACCACCAGACUUUUGGGUUUCUUCUAAAAAUCCCUUCCAGAGAAUGUAACUCCUGGCCAUCACUGAUAUCCACCUCACUGAAUCCUUGUAAUAAGUAAACAAAAGCAUUACAAGCCCAUGUCUCAACCUUUUUUAUUCCUACCAGCCUACUACCUGAAGACAGAAUCUUUUGUCAGACAUAUGGUAUGAAUGGGAGCCGCUAAUGUUUGGGCAGCAUAACAUUUUUGUUAUUGCUUGCGUUGUGGUGCAAGGAGAUGUCCAGUCAUGGUCUCCCUGCUCAGUAACUUACAACUGCAGUUGCUAUAAAUUUCUUCAUAAGGUACUGGGCAGAGAUACAGGCAAGUAACAUCUUUGUAACAUAACCGUUGCAAGUGGUUGUGUGAGGGAUAUUGCAGUACUUGGAUUAUAGAGAAGCAUUGUAAGUCUCCUGCUUGGCUGCCCUUUUCCACUGAAGGUCUUGAAGAGUAUCCAUGAUUCCUUGCAUAUUUGCGGUUUUUGUUUGUACACUAAUGCAUGCUUAUAUUCUUGAAGCCUGAACCAUACAUCUGAAAUGAAGUCCGUUUAGGUAUCCAUUAUUUCGAUUCCAAUUGCUGUCAUUUUGGAGUGAUAAUAACUUUGUAUAGACUGUAAUGCAGGAGGUUCGCUAGAAUGGUGGCAUAAUAAAACAGUGAAUUGUUUAAUAACUUCCCCCUUCAGAAUAAUGCUUCCAAACUACUCUUGGCCAUCAUGGAGUCUCGUCACGACAGUGAGAACGCAGAGCGUAUACUGUACAACAUGAGACCAAAGGAAUUGGUGAGUUGGUUAGAACACUGUAUCACACCACUAAUGCUCCUAGGAAACCUCUUGUGCUUUCAUUUGGGUAAUUACUUUUUAAAUUGCUUUCAUCACUACCCUCCCUCUGAUGUCUUCCACAGUUUGUUGCUAUUCUUUUCACUGGUCCUUCUAAUGGAGGUUGGCUUGAUGAGAAAUUUUGUUUAGAAACGUGGCAUGCCACAUUUAGCCUACUAAAUUCCCCUUAGUGCUUGUCAAUGUUUAUGGCUGCAUGAGUAUCAUGGGGAAUAAAGUCAGAGGAACAGUCUCUCCUAUAAACCUUAAAUUCACCAAUAUUCUAAAAAGUUCCUUUUGUUACCGACCAGUCAGCUGUGUGCCUAGCUAUAUGUUUUUUAAUUUUUAAAUUUCAUUUUCUUUCUACACUAUAAACCUCAGUAUCACAGCACUAAUGAAGUGAUGGCUUGGGCUGUUCCAGCCAAUGAGAUUUCUGUAUAAUUUAACAAAUACUGCACACAGGUGCAUGCAGCAGGUAAUGUCAUUUCUUCUUGUUAAGAAAGGAUCCUUAUAUUAUGUAUGUAUACACUGGUGGUAGACAUUACUCUGUUUACUUGGUUUGUAUGUGUACAGUAUUUUUUAUUUUUUUUGCAACACUUCAUUAGUCAUUCCUGAUCACUGUCUUAGGUGGAGGUGAUUAAAAAGGCUUAUCUUCAGGGAGAGGUGGAAUUUGAGGACGGUGAAGGCUCGGAGGAUCACGCUGCAUCUCCUCGCAAUGUGGGCCACAAUAUUUAUAUCUUGGCUCAUCAGGUAAGCUGUGUAUACAAGCAAACAAGGUAUCACUGGUUACAUAAGUGCCUAACCACAUGCAAAGUAUCCUUCCCUUGAACAGUUUGUCCUAGAAUCCUCCAGCUGUGGGUGUGUAUCUGGCUAAGAGCAUGUGGCACACAGCAUGUCUGGGCGUGCCAUAGUAAAAUGUACCAUAGCCAUGCUGGGCUCUUAUCCAAUGUUUAUGUAACAAAUCUGCAUCCCUAAAUAGGAAUAUAAAGUGUUCUUCCUUGUCCCAGAAGUGUUUUAAUAUGGAGCUCUGAAGCCAAAUUAUACCUCUUACGUCCUUCUGUUUGUACUUGACAUCUGUUUUGUUUGUUGUGUAUUUAAUAAGGUUCUGUCGACUUAAUGCUUCGAGCAUCUGUGUCUGAACCUAAAUCGUAUAACUUACUGUAGCAAAUAACCCUCAUGCGGUGUCACUUGCAAGUUGAAAAACAUUAAGGUCACUUUAAUUAUUUAUAUAGCGCCAGCAAAUUCCGUAGCGCUGUACAAUAUAUCUCCAUGUUCUUAUAGUAGCGAGUGCUUUAUUUGUGCACCAUUUUCUAAAAGUGUUUAGAUCCCAUACUUUUUUUUUAUUAAUUUGCAAAGAAAAAAAUCACUAUUUUAAGAAGGGUAUGACCGCUAGACGUUUGUUUUAUUUUUUUAAGACUGUACAGUCCUCCCUGUUACUCUAAAUCGUUCUUUGAGGGUUCCUAUAAUGAGUGUUUAACCUCUAACACAGCUUGCAAGGCACAACAAGGAACUGCAGCAAAUGUUAAAGCCCGGAGUGCAAAUUGGUGAUGGAGACGAGGCCCUGGAAUUCUACGCCAAGCAUACAGCCCAAAUAGAGGUAAGGGCUUGUGAUGUCCAUGCAGGAGUAUUUGUUCAGGCCAUGAGUGUAGUAACUUUCCAACAUAUAAUUAAUAAUCUUAACUCUUGACUAGAUUGUACGUCUGGACCGCACCAUGGAGCAGAUAGUGUUCCCAGUGCCAAGUAUCUGUGAGUUCCUCACAAAGGAAUCAAAGCUACGCAUUUACUACACUACAGAACGUGAUGAACAGGGGAGCAAGAUUCAUGACUUCUUCCAGCGCUCGGAGGAUCUCUUCAACGAGAUGAACUGGCAAAAGAAGCUGAGAGGUGAGAAGUGACUGUGAUUAUCAUGACUGCUGACUUUAUUGAGCUUUAAAGUCAUCUGAGGGUUAAUAGUGUCUUGUUAUAGAGCCCACCAAACAAUAGAGGCUACUGCAAUAAAAUGUCUCAUUUAACAUAUGGAGAGUAUUUGUGAAAUAUGGAUGUAUGUUUAUAUUAUUGCUUAUGUUUAUUACAACUAACCUCUCUUAAAAUUUGUAUUGUGACUUGCAGCACAGCAUGUCCUGUACUGGUGCUCUCGGAACAUGACCUUUUGGAGUAGCAUCUCUUUCAACUUGGCUGUGCUCAUGAAUCUGCUUGUUGCUUUCUUCUACCCUUUCAUCGGUGUCAAAGGGGGUAAGUAUGGUUAAUCUAGACUGCUGGGAAAUGGUAUUCUCUUUAUCUGGUAGUGGAAUGUUGUAACAAUGACACGUAUAGAAGUGGAGCAAUUACUACAGACUCCAUUAAACACUUCUAUCCCUUCCUUUUGGUUUUCAGGGGGCUAGCAAAACUCCCAGAACUCUGGUUCACGAUUGUCAACAUUGAUAUCCCUCUUUUGUUGUCCUUUCAGGAACCCUAGACUCUCGACUCUCCGGCCUGCUUUGGACGGCAAUGCUUGUGUCUCUGGCUAUAGUUAUAGUCCUUCCAAAACCUCAUGGAAUCCGUGCAUUAAUAGCUUCUACCAUCUUGCGCCUCAUAUUCUCAAUUGGGUUGCAGCCCACCCUUUUCCUGCUAGGAGCAUUUAAUGUAAGUUUCCUACGUCUUAUUAUUUUGCCGUCUUGAAAACACACUUAGCCAUUGGACAUCUGCCUACUACUGCUCAGUGUUCCUUUUUGAGGUGUUGAUUUGUUGUCCUGUUGGCUAGCUUCCAGACCCUGUACUGAACCAUCUUAAUUUUAGCUUUGGAAAAAAAGUGAAGUGAUUACCUGAAUGGAGCUUGUUUUUUGUUCCAGGUCUGCAAUAAGAUUAUAUUCUUAACCAGUUUUGUGGGGAACCGCGGUACAUUUACGAGGGGUUAUGGAGCAAUGAUUCUGGAUGUGGAGUUUCUCUAUCACCUGCUCUACCUGCUUAUCUGCGCUAUGGGUGUCUUUGUGCAUGAAUUUUUUUACAGUUUGUUGGUAAGAAUGUGGCUGUUUCAUAAAGUCUCAAAAUAGUUCCAUGAAUAAUUCAGGGGAACUUUAUUUCUUGGAGUAAAUGUUUAGGUAAACAGUUGAGUAACUUGCUGAUUUGUCUUCCCAGCUCUUUGACCUUGUAUACCGGGAAGAGACACUUCUCAAUGUGAUAAAAAGUGUGACCAGAAAUGGGCGCUCAAUCAUUCUCACUGCUGUCUUGGCAUUAAUCCUGGUCUACCUCUUCUCAAUUGUUGGAUAUCUCUUCUUUAAGGAUGACUUCAUACUUGAAGUGGACAGGCUGCCCAAUGAAACUUCUUUCCCUGGUGAGCUAUAGUACCCUGUCUUGAAAUUCUUGGCUGAAAAGUCUAUACAAUCAAAGUGCCUAAACCUCAAUUGAUAUUGACCCAACUACAGCUCAAAUAGAGUUAGAGCCCCUGACAGACUCCCUAUUUGCCAUGUACCCUUGAGGUAUCCUGGGGUUGGUGUCUUCAGAACUAGCCUAUGCUGAUGAGAUUAGCUUUCAGUGUUUUUCACUAAACUUGAAUUAUAUCAAAUUAAAUCGGAGUUACAAAACGAAGGCUAAAAUAGCUGAUUUAAUUUUGCAAUUUUAACAGUACAAAUAAGCCAUAAUUCUUAAAACAAACUACACAAAAACCAAGCUUAAGAUAGGUGUAGAUGCUAUUCUGCAGUUUCCUGUUAAAAAAAUCCUAAUUUUAUUGCAGAAAUUGUUGAAAUGGAACAGACAGCCCCUCUGAGGGGUGCGGAAAAAAAAAUGGCUAUAGUAUGUGUAUCCUCCUUUAAAACCUAUACUAGGGGUAGGCAAUCUUUAGAACUCCAGGUGUGGUAGACUAGAUCUCCCUCUCUUACAGCCAUAAUGCUGGCAAAGAUUCAGGAUUGAUGUAGUCCACCUAGUGCUGAAGGUUGCCUACCCCAGAACUAAAUAAUUGCCAUCAAAGGAAAUUGGGUGCUUGAAGGGAGGAGAUGAACGUGUUUCAUAAGAGGCUUCUAUCUUUUGCAAAUUAUCACUUUAUUAUAUAACCUUCCAACAGCUAAAUUUACACAACCAGAACUCAAAUCAUUUUUGUUAAACCUGAAAAUCUUAUAGAAUUAAAUAAACCUAUAACUACGAAAGAAACAAAAAAGAAACUUGAAUGGCAAGUAUCCCAACCCUGAUGUAUAUACCUUUAUAUUUCAUAAAUCCUUUGAAUCAAUUACCCCAUUAUUAUGCAACUUUUUAGUGAACUAACCCAAUUUAAGAAAUUGUCUGACCUGCUGGGUGCUACCAUCUCUCCCAUUCUAAAGCCUAGAAGGGACCCUAACUUUAUAAGCUACUCCUGUCCGAUUUCUUUGAAAAAUCUGCAAAUAAAAAUGUUUUUAAAAAUUUAGCAGUCAGACUUGGUCAGGUUAUUCCUUCUUUAAUUCAUAAUGAUAAAUCUGGAUUUGUCAAGGCAAGAUCGGGUGGUGACAACGUACAGAAAAUCUUAAAUAUGAUAUUGAAGAUAAAGAGCAACUUCUUUCUGUCCUUAUUGUUGUCGACACUGAAAAAGCGUUUGACAGAGUUAACUGGUCUUAUCUAGCUGAAACAUUCUCAGCUUUUGGAAUAGAAGGGGACUUUUAAAGACCUACCUAUGGCUCCAUAUUCCUAUCAUAAGGCAAAAAUGUAUGGAAAUGGGCUAAACGUGGGUUCAACAUUAAAAACCAUACAUGGCAGGGUUGCCCACUUGCACCACUGCUGUAUAUCCUUUCAAUUGAACCAUUAGCAGCUUAUUUUAGGAAGUCAACUAAAAUAUCUGGAAUCCUUCAAGAUAAUCAUGAACAAAAAAAUAACAUAUGCAGACGAUAUUAUCUUAACCAUUUCUCGCCGUGAGAUCUCAAUUUCUGAAAUCUUAGUCUGUAUCAAUGACUUCAGCCACUUUUCGAAUUACAAAAUUAAUAUACAAAAAAACUGAUUAUUUCAAGUAAUCUUACAAACGUCCAAACCUUGGUUUGGAAUCAUAAAUUUAAUUGGUGCAAUAAAACAGUUAAAUAUUUGGAAAUAGAAAUUAAUUUUGAUAUAAAUUCUUGGAUAGAUAAGAAUUAUAGUAAAUGCUUGCAAGAAAUUAGAGAAAUAAAAGGAUUAAAUUCCAUAUUUCAUGGCUGGGUAGAAUAAACAUUCUGAAAGCAUAUACAUUGCCCAAAUUGGAAUAUCUUUUUCCAAACCCUCCCUAUAAGAGUAACGAAGAAACAAUUAACUAUGUCUCAUAGAUUAUUUAACUUUUUUUGUAAUCGGGAAAAGAGAAGUCAAUUUAAAAUCAUGACUGCAAGGAGGACAGAGGGUGGAUUAGCUUUCCCAAAUGUUUUCUCUUUACAUGAUACUGUGUUCUCACAUUUUUUGGAAUUGGGGAAUAGAAAUUCCUUGAAUAAAGCUUGGUAUACUUAUGAAAAAAAUGGUAAUCUUAACCUGUUCCAUUUAUUCUGGGUUGACCAUAAAACCUUUAAAGAUUUACACAUUGAUCACUUCAUAAUACAUCAGAUUUUUAAAUCUUUUUUUUUUUUUUUUUUUUCAAUUAAAAAGCUUUUCUUCUCUCAAAACCAACUUUCAGUAGAGGUUGUACUAAAAUUCCACAUAAUAGACUUAAAUAUCUAGGGCUGGAAUGAAGAUGGUAUAACUACAGUGGAGGAUAUAUAUACGGAUAAUUUGAUUCAAACUUUUCCUGAUCUACAGAUAUGGAUUGUCAGGCAGAGUUUUUUUUUAUCUGAGAAUCUUAAAAAAAAAAAAAAGUAAAAAUCUUUUGGUGAACCAAUCCCCUCUGGGCCCAAUGAUUUGCAGGCUUUGAUUAGGGAAACCUAUAAAGAUCAGAGAGAUCAACAGAAAUGCAUAAACAUCUAAAAUAAAGACCAUUGUAAAAUGGGAAGAUGAUUUGGGUAAGUCUUUUCCCAUUGCUUCUUGGGUAAAAUCUUUUAAACUAUUUUAAGAAAACAAUACACUGUAAAUAUACAAUAAUCAUUUUAUAAACUUAUAAAUGUAUGGUAUCUUUAUCCCAUUAAGAUAUGUAAAUAUCAAUCCAACCCCACUAACUGUUGGUGGUGUAAAAGAGAUGUAGGUGCUUUAAAACCUAUUUGGUGGGAAUGUCCUCUUCUUUCAGAUUUAAAGAUUAUCUUACAAUUAUUUAGGGAUCUCAAAUUAAACAUCUGAUCUAUCCCCUGAAAACUUGCUUUCAUCUUGAUUUCUCUGACAUGUCAAAGUACAUUAAGGUAUUGGAAAAGAGGAGAAAUCCCCCAAUAGGAGAGCAAUUAUAACUCAAACGAGAAAAAUAGAAAAACCUAUAUUCUUUAAUAAUGGGAAUAUCAAAAUAAAUACAAAACAUUGGUCGGUGUGGUAUAAAUACUGAAAGAAUAUACUUCAGGGCUAAAUCUCACAAACCCUAUAAACCCUGGGAUAAACAAGGGGGAAAAAAGCGGGUAACGAACCAUAACAGCAUGGUCCCAAUCCAUAUAAAAAACACAACACCCAUCUUUCCAACCUGUACGGAGAAGGGGCAAGAUCAAUCUAUCUCUCUCUCCAAGGGCUUGUCUCCUCUUUAUUUUUGUAUGUUGUAUAUGUUAUAACUUUACGAUGUGAAAGUCACUGGAAUGUUUGGAACAUUACGGUUCUAGGCCCUCUUUUUUUUGAUCUGGGAUUACUAUACUCCAGAAUCAAGAGAGCCUAAGGACUAUAAAGAAUAAUUCUGUCUUUUAUAAUAGAUUCCCUGCAUAAUCAUACUUUCUACUGCACAAGUUAUAUUAUGAUGCUUAUUGUAGAUAUUUCACUCUAAACUUUACGUAUACACAAUAAUUGUAAAUACUAUGGAAUAGCAUACCUAUUAUGUAACAUUUUCCUGUAUAUAUAAUAUAUAUUUAUAAAGACUUCCACCAUGCUUCAUGUUCACUCUUCUCUACUUUUUAGAGACUGGAGGCACCAUGACUAGGGAAUUACUGUAUGCAGAGGUUUGUCGGAUGGAGUCUGGAAGUAAUUGCACUCAAGGUAAGUAGAUAAUAGUCCUAAACUGUGCAUUUGGGAAUGGAAAUUGGUUAACUCUUGCUUGUGUUGAUGCCUACACUCAAUGGAAAAGAACUGGUGGGAACGGUUAAUUUAAAUGAAUCUUUCCUUGUAGAAGACACAUCACAGGAUGUGGAGGAGGAAGAAGAAAAGGAACACACUUGUGAGACCCUUCUAAUGUGCAUUGUCACAGUCCUAAGUCAUGGAUUGCGUAGUGGUGGAGGUGUUGGAGACGUACUCAGGAAACCUUCCAAAGAGGUAAUGUUACCAGCUUUUCCAGUAUCCACACUAAGCAUGCUAUCAACAAAAGAUUUGUGGUAUAAAAUAUUUAAUGGAGUAGAGGUUAAACAAUCUGGACAGUAUACGACCUAUGUAGCCAUGCUCUAGUAUGUCCUAUCACGGUGUUUGCAUAGACUUCAGAAACCUUUACCACAUGUCUCGUCUGGCUAGUUACACACUCCUUCAUCCCACGAAUUAAAGACAGAUGCUGACUGAGAUGUAUCCCUUCUGACAGGAGCCACUUUUUGCUGCCCGUGUGAUCUAUGAUCUGCUAUUCUUCUUCAUGGUGAUUAUUAUCGUCCUGAACUUAAUUUUUGGAGUAAUCAUUGACACAUUUGCUGACUUGAGAAGUGAAAAGCAAAAGAAAGAGGAAGUUUUAAAGACCACCUGUUUCAUUUGUGGUAAGUCUGGUAGCUAUGUUCUUGUUGAAAAGGCAAUAAUGUUUUAUUUUUUUUAUUUUUAUAGAUUUCUCAGUGUAUCUAAUCUAACCUUUGAUCUUGUGUCCCUCUGUAGGCCUAGAACGGGACAAGUUUGACAAUAAGACUGUGACCUUUGAGGAGCAUAUUAAAGAAGAGCACAAUAUGUGGCAUUAUCUGUGUUUUAUAGUAUUGGUGAAGGUGAAAGAUUCCACAGAGUAUACUGGACCAGAAAGUUACGUAGCAGAAAUGAUAAAGGUGCGAAAGGUUACACGGUGUUGGCAGAAUCGCACUCAUGUCAGUUAUAGGCCUCAUUCAGUAUCUGGUUGCACCCAUUGUCCUACAUAUAAAUGCAAGUUCAGGUUUUCCUAGUUAUGAUUAAAUAAUUGUCAUUACUGGUGACCAUACUGACGCGAACACUCAGACAAAAUGCUUCUAUGCAUAAUUAUCUAAGGACCUAUUAUCGCACAUUGAAUAAACGCUAUAGUGGCCGUUUCCUUAGUUGCAUGUAAUUCCUCUCCUUUUUCCUGAAAAAAAACUAAAGGUCUUACUCACUUUUUUUCCUGUACCAAGGCUUUCAGUGCUGCUCACCUCAGCAUACUGCGAUGUCAUGGAGGUGGCAUGACCUCAUUUGGUGAUGGUUCAGUGUAAAUGCUCCAGACAAUGGAGAACUCAAGUGCAUCCUGUUCAUUGUUUUCCUAUGCGCUUUUGUGUCAGCAACCUAUCACAUUUGUAAUGCACUCGAGGCUGCCAGAGCCACACUGGCUCAGGAGUCCCAGUGGGGCUUCAGAUAUCUGCUUGUGCAAUUAUCAAUCUUCAAUUUAGGCAUUGAAGCACUUAGAGGAAGUGAUCUUAGAUCACUUAUUCCCAGCACUUGUGAAUGGGAAUCUGCACUGGAGUAGAGCAGGCUGUCGCAGCCCUGCCUUUUACCUGUAACUGGCCAUCCCGGUUCCCACUAGACCCCAAGGGAAGCCAUCCACAUUGCUAGAUAUAAACAAAACUGUUGACAAAGCCUCCCACUCGUAUACAAACACAACACUGACCAUCCACAUACACGUUCACAACCCCACUAGCCACAUUUCACAUGCAAUACCACAAGCAGCCCCACACACACACACACACACACACACAGACAUUUCAUGCAAAUACACCGUUCCACAAGCAACCUCCAUACAGAGCCCACAUUCAUAGGUAUCAUCCACAAUACCACAAACUACCCAUGAACAUAUAAAAAAACAGCCCACCUAAACACAAAUACAAUGUUAUAAAGCUGGCACACAAAGGGUGUUCAAGAUCUUGUUUCGGCACAAUACUAAAAGGUUGCCUACCCCAGUUUAAAAACUGCAGUAUUUUUAUGUUAAAAUGACAGAUCCGCUGCAUGGCCACUUUAGUGGUCUUUUAAAUGGGCAUUUCAAAAACUUUGGGGAUCUGUACUCCUUACAAAGUUUCUCUCCCUGUAAUCGGUUCCUUAUAGCCAACAUGCCUUUCCUGCUGUAAACACUAGUUGCUUCCACUGGCUGUAAAAGUCAUGUUUAUAUUGAAGGAGGCUAUGACUGUUCUUUGCUGGAGCAGUGUAAAUAGACAUGUGUAAUUCAUGAAAUUAGCCGAAUUAAGCUAUUCAUAAAUAAAUAGGAACUGUUAUUUGUGCACAAAUUAUUUGUUGCAUCCAUCUGCAUUACUACUGGAUGUUGGGAGGUUAAGGUCCUCACCACUUUUUUUUUUUUUUUUUUUCUGGUCUGCUUGUGACAUUUUGUAGUCCCUCCCUUCGAUGCCUUCUGGAGCCUUUGACGUCCCUGUUCCCCUUCAAACGUGAACUGCAUAAUUGCUUGGAAACUGUAGAACUAUUGCUCUAGCAUACAAGCAAUGCUAAUGCAUAUUUGACCUGACUAUGCCCUUUCCCACCCACUCUUCCACUUUGAAUCAGACAGAAGGAUGAGACAUUAGCCUCGGUAGAUGGGAAAAAUAAUCUUGCUGGCAAAAAUUGAAUAAUCUGGUGGGUGGGUCAGUUGAUGGAAUAAACUGCUGAUUUCUCAUCAGCCCUGGGGUUGCAGAAUUGUUUCCUGUACGGGGGCUGACCUUUAACUCGGAUUACGGUCUCCCAAGAUUUGAAAGACCACCCAUUACUGCCCAUGGCUAUGCACUUUCAUUCAGCCAUGGGCCCCCUUCAUAGGAUGUCUAUUAACAAUUAAUGUGCCAAGGCUUGGCACGUUUAUGUGGCUGUCAAUUGUUAAAAUCUUAAGAUUGUUUUGCAUUUCCUCCUUACUGUUUAGACAUUUAAAAAAAAAAAAAAUUAAAAAAAUUUGGUCUGGUUGUUGCGAUAUAAAAUCUUUUACAAUCUGAGUGGGCCUGUGUUGUGAAUGCACGAGUGUGGUUCUAGCAGACUGGGGUCUGUGUAGGAUGCGAGGAGACACGUGAGCUAUGCUUAUUAGCCCUUUUCCUCUUGUCACAUGCUCUGCACAGUUAAGUGUGUGUUUGAGUCUGAGCAGCCACGUGUUGAUGGUGUGACCUUUUAACCCUGCCACUGCCAGGGGGUUUAUGCUUAAAGAUGCACAAUGUCUUGGGACAGGUACACAAAGGUGUCUACAAUAUGUAUGCCAAAUGUGCACGAGGAAUAAAGAACGUGGAGAAUUCUGCAAACCAGCUGUGCCCUUGUCAACUCUUACACUAGCUGUUCCUUUUUGACACACUGGUGUGCAGCUUUCAGUAUGCUUCCCCCUCCCACCCUCUCAUGUGCUUCCUGAGCUCUCCCCCCAAUGUCUGGGUGAGAGGUUGUGUCCAAGGGACUUUUCCAGUGGCUUUACUUAGAAACAAAUUGUUUUGCGGUUUAAGCACAUCUGCUAGACGGAAGUUGUGGGUAGGGAAGGGGGGGUUGCUGCUGUGUUCUGGGGUAUUUGAUAGAAGGAUGAGCAGCUUAUUUAAGAGCAAUUCUUGGAUAAAUGCAGUAGUUGUUUCAGUGGCUUAGCUUGUUAUCAAGUGAUUGCAAACUGCAUUUCCCAUAAUGCAUAGCCAGCUUGAGGCUGGCAGAGCAUCGCGUAUAAUGUAGAUCACACUAUCUGCUGUGUGCCUUGUUUAGGCAUCACUGGGUAGUUAAACAAUUUAGAAUGGGAAACUCUGCACUGCUGGGUUUAGUCUGGAAUGAGAAAAGUAGGUGCAGUUCAGCCGCCUAGCUGACGUCUCUGAAUACUCAUUACUCCUUUUAACAGCGAGCACACACAGCAGUCUAAUCUGACCAGAGGGAUUUUCUUCUCUAAACUACGAAUUGGGAGAUAGAUAUAUAGAUAUAUAUUUUAUUUAUUUUUCUUUCUCAAUUUGACCUAAAAUGGCUCAUCAAUCCUGUUUCAUUUAAAAUAAAACAAAUCAUAACACUAGUGUAGAAUAUUAAUUUAAUAUUUGGCACAUAAUUACAUUAAAGAAAGCAUGCAUGGUUUUGCAGCUUAUGAGUUGACCAGAUGUCCCUAUGUUUAUAAACUCAUACACUGUACAGUGUAGUUUUAAAUUAAUUUAACCUUUACAUUUUUUUAUUACUUUUGACAUUUUAAAACCUGCUUGAGUGAUGCGAGUUUUUGUUUUAAGGGAAAAAAAAAUAAAAUUAUAUUUGUUCCCUGUACUUGUUGAACUAUCAGUUAGCUGUGGGGACUUUCCUAUGUGUAACAAGUAAUCAACAGUAUUUUAGAGGCUCCUUACACGUUCUUGCUCUCUCCCCAGGAACGCAAUUUAGACUGGUUCCCACGCAUGCGCGCAAUGUCUUUAGUGAGCAGUGACUCAGAGGGAGAGCAGAAUGAGCUGAGGAAUCUGCAAGAGAAGUUGGAAUCCACCAUGAGACUGGUAACCAACCUGUCAAGCCAGCUCAGCGAGCUCAAAGAUCAGGUAAUUGGCGCAAGGCAGUUAUACAUAUACCUCUUCAAGAAUGCAAUUUUGGGUGGUGAUUCUAGGCUUUAUAUCUUGGGCAUUGAUUUAUCACCUACCUUGUGGUGUCAAACUAGGGGGAGGGGGAAUGGAAUUUGUGUAUAGUCUAGACCAGAGUAGUCCCCCCACCCUGGGAAAAAAAUUAAAUAUUGUGCCGUUUUUUUAUUUGCCAGUGUGUAUCUGACACACACAGUGUGAAUCUGUGUGUCAAGGUGUGUAUCUGUGUGUAUCUGUGUUUGUAUGUGCUGGUGGGUGUGUAUCUGACACACAUAUACACACUUGCACACACACACAUAACUCCCUAACUCACACAUACAAUUUUUUUUUUUUGUAAUGGUUUACUCCACCCACUUUUGGCGGAACCCCAAUUGGGAAACGCUGGUCCAGACCAAGUGUGCCCAACCGUUAGAUCCCCAGAUGUUGUAGAAAUGCACCUCCCUACAACAUCUGGGGAUCUAACGGUUGGGCACACACAAAAAAAUCUGAUCCGUUUUUGGCACCCCUGGUCUAGAUGCACAUAUAUUGAGAAUGAGGGUUCAUUCUGCUAAAUUAAGCAAUCUGCUGUCCAACUUGGGGGCAUUGAGAGUUGCAUGCUUGUCUUUGUAAAUUACCAUAGAAUUCACCUGCAUGCCUGUAAAGUGAUUAUUUGUACAUAGAGUAUAGGGGCUUAGUUGCAUGUUUAUUCACCAUCUCAUCGGUCUCUCCAGAUGACAGAGCAACGGAAACAGAAGCAGAGGAUCGGUCUCCUGGGGCAGCCUGCUCAUCUAAACAUCAAUCCUCAGCAGCCUGCGUAG